CAACUCGGUCGCGCGUCCGACGACCAUCGCUGUCGCUACUUCAACUGUCGUGUCGUGCCGUUAGCGAACGGUCCGCUCCGAUCCUUGGAGUGUUGAUGCAGUGUUGAGUGAUGGUGUGAUUUUAGCCGUACAAACGAAAGUGUAUCGCUACAAAGUACCACUGUCGCGGUGUGUGGCGAGUUCCACGGAGUUCUAACGGCUGUUCGCCUGCCAGCGAGGGAAGGCGGAUCGCUUCUACCGGGAGGAAUGAGCCCCGUACACCACCGGUCCCGCACUCACCGAUGAUCUCAAGAAACAAUGUACAUAGAAACCUUACCUCUCGUGGUUUGGACGCUCUUAGUCACAACGACACAUGUAGCGACACAAAGCCAAUAUGGAAUAGGUUUAGGAAUAAAACGAGAAGUGUUUUUCUUAAAUUUAGAAGACGGCUAUUUUGGUUGUCAAGUAAACGAAUCGACACAAAUAUUACAAUUAUAUGAAUUAUCUAAAUUAUGCGACGGUGUGCCGGAUUGUUAUAAGGCAUCCGACGAACUCAAGUCAGAGUUAAAAUGCACAGAUGAUUGUACCAAAGAAGAUGGCGCGCGUUGUAUAAAUGGUGCUUGUCUAAAUGGUGUGUGCCAUUGUAAUGAUGGUUUCGGUGGAUGUAACUGCCAGGAACUUGAUGUAAACGAAUGCAAAGACAGACCAUGCGAUGUUUUUGCUCAUUGUACAAAUACAGUCGGUAGUUUUCAAUGCUCGUGUUUUCCUGGCUACGUAGGCGAUGGUUUCACUUGCAAAGAUAUAAAUGAGUGCGAAGAUCCAGCGAUAUCGGCUCGAUGUGUCGAGAACGCCGAGUGCUGUAAUUUGCCAGCUCAUUUUAUUUGCAAAUGCAACCGCGGCUUCGAAGGCGACGGAGAAGAGGAAUGUCGAGAUAUUGACGAAUGUCGACGACCUGGUGCUUGCGGUGCUAACGCUGUUUGCCAGAACUAUCCAGGAAAUUACACGUGUGCAUGUCAAGCUGGUUAUACCGGAAAUCCGUUCGAUGGCUGUGUUGACUUGGACGAGUGCUUGAACCCGGAGUCAUGCGGCGUGAACGCGGUGUGCCGUAACCUGGAGGGCGGCUACGAGUGCAGCUGCCCCGCCGGCUUCGAGGGCAACCCGCGCGUGGCCUGCAGCGACAACGACGAGUGCUCGCGCCACUCCUGCGGCCGCAACGCUCUCUGCGAAAACUUCCCGGGCGCUUUCCGAUGCGUUUGCCCACCAGGUUUCCAAGGCGAUCCUGAUAUUCUUUGCACCGACGUGGAUGAAUGUAAGAGUAGCGAAGCAGUGUGCAGCGCACACGCAGUAUGUACCAACACGGUGGGAAGCUACGUGUGCGCGUGCGAACCCGAAUACACAGGGGACGCGCGCGCGCCCGCCGGCUGUCGUGAUGUCAACGAGUGCGAGAUAUUCGAACGACCUUGCGGCACGCACGCGCUCUGCGAGAACGCCGAACCGGGAUACAACUGCGUGUGUCCCCAGGGAUACAGGGCCAAACCGGAUCCGCAGAUUGCUUGUGAACAGGUUGACGUCAAUACUUUAUGUAAAUCAAACUUUGACUGCACUAAUAAUGCCGAAUGUAUCGAUAGCCAAUGUUUUUGUAAAGAAGGAUUUGAUGCCAAAGGAUCAGUUUGUGUCGACAUCGAUGAAUGCUCUACUAAAGCAACUAUAUGCGGAGAAAAUGCCAUAUGUAUAAAUACACCUGGUGGUUACAACUGUGAAUGCGCUGCUGGAUUUGUAGGAUCGCCACCUCAGAUAGUAUGUCGAGCUCCCUGCGAGGAUGUUAAAUGUGGUGACCACGCAUUAUGCAAGCCCGAUGGAUCUGAAGCUUAUUGUGUAUGCGAGGAUGGCUGGACUUUCGACCCCAUGGAUAUAGCAGCUGGAUGUAUUGAUAUCGAUGAAUGUGAUACCUCAUUAGGACCAGUUGGUCGUUGCGGUGUGAAUUCAAGAUGUACAAACACACUAGGAGGCUUUACAUGCCAAUGUCCCGAUGGCUACUCAGGAGAUGCCUACAAACAAUGCGUUGAUAUUGAUGAGUGUCAAAUAGAAGGUUCCUGUGGGGUUGGAGCUGAUUGUAUCAAUAAAGAUGGUUCCUAUGUAUGUGAAUGUCCUGAAGGAUAUAUACCUGAUCCAGACCCAAGACAACGAUGUGCUGAAAUCCUUGCAUGUAAAAACGAUAAUGAAUGUCCAGGAAACGCUUUGUGUGAUUCCAAUUCCAGAUGUUUGUGCCCAGAUCCCAACAUAGGCAACGAUUGUAGACAUCCUUGUGAAAAUUUACAAUGUGGAAGUAAUUCUGAAUGUCUCUUACAUGACCAAAUAGCACAAUGCACUUGUCGUAGCGGUUUUACUGGUGAUCCAUUAUCUCCUAGUGGGUGUCAAGAUAUUAACGAAUGUGAUGAAAAUCCUUGUGCUAAUGGAGCUGUAUGUAAAAACUUACCUGGACGUUUCCAGUGUGAAUGUCCUGGAAGUUUCAGCGGCGACCCAUACGUUGAUGGUUGUAUAGCUGGAAAGAAUCCUACUGAAUGUAGUAACACCAACCCCUGUCCCCAAGGCGAACAAUGUAUUUUACACGAAGGUGAACACGUUUGUAUUUGUUCUCAAGGAUUUUCUCGUAGCAUAGAAACUGGAUUGUGUGAAGAUGUAAACGAAUGCACACAUCAUGGACGUUCUCCGUGCGGACUAAAUGCAAUUUGUAAGAACUUACCCGGUAGUUAUGAAUGCAAAUGUCCAGCCGAGUAUAGUGGGAAUCCAUACCAUCUCUGUGAAGUUUGUGACGAUAUAAAUUGCCAAUGUCAACCUCCAUAUAAAGUAGUAAAUGGAAAUUGUGUACUAUCUGGUUGUUCUAAGGAUAAUACAUGUGGCAAAGGAGCCGAAUGCAUAAUUAUUUCGGAUGGAGUUAGUUAUUGCGCUUGCCCAGCUGGUUUUUCACAGACUGCCGACGGUGCUUGCGAAGAUAUAGACGAAUGUACAUCAGGUCAACAUGUAUGUGGAUUUGGAGCAGAAUGUGUGAAUACCUUAGGCUCUUUCACAUGUAAGUGUCCCUCUGGUUAUAGUAAAGACUCAAUAUCUGGACAAUGCGCACUGAACCAGAAGAGGUGUAUUAGUGACUCAGAUUGCUUUCCCAACGAAAAAUGUAUUCAACCUGGAAAUUGUGUGUGCCCACCACCAUUCUAUCUAGAUGUAACAGAUGGCCAGAAGUGUAAAAGCCCAUGUGAAAGAUUUACUUGUGGGAUUAACGCAAAAUGUACUCCAAGCGAUCCUCCGCGUUGCAUGUGUAUGUCAGGAUAUGAAGGAGACCCCUAUACUGGCUGCACUAAUAGGAAUGAGUGUCAUAGUGCUCCUUGUGCUUAUGGAGCAAUUUGCCACGAUAGGAAAGGAGGUUAUCAGUGUGAAUGUCCCCAAAAUAUGGUCGGAGACCCAUACAAAGGCGGAUGUACUGUAGAAGAUGGUCCAACACAAAAACAACUAUGUAGUUCAGAUGACCAGUGUCCUAACACCCUUGCGUGUUUAAAUCAUACGUGUGUUUCGCCCUGUAGCAGUGUAUUAUGUGGACCUAAUGCUUUCUGUGAAGUAGAUAAUCAUGCUGCUUGGUGUCGUUGCAAUCCUGGUUAUACCAAGCCCGAAGGAGGAAAAUGCAUAUCAGGGUGCGAUACAUACUCAUGUGCUAUCGGUGCACAAUGUAUAAUAUCAAAGGCUGGCCCGACAUGUGUAUGUCCCGAAGGAACGGUUGGCAAUCCAUUCCCUGGCGGCGCAUGUAGAAGAGACGUGUGUGGGCCGGGAGUGCCAUGCGAGGAGCCGUUAACGUGUGUGGCCGGGCGCUGCAGACAAAGAUGCGACGGAGUUGUGUGCGGCGUCGGGGCUUCAUGUAAUGAAGAUACUGGAAAAUGUGUUUGUAACGCAUUUUUUGUUGGAAACCCUGAUCUUUUGUGUAUGCCACCUAUAUCUCCUCCGGAUUGUGAACCAGGAUGUGGUGAAAAUGCACAUUGUGUUUACGGACAAACGAAUGCCUGCAAAUGUGAUAAAGGUUUUACAGGAAAUCCUUACAAGAAAUGUCUUCCAAGACGGCAAAUAACUUGCGCUAAAACUGCAUGUGGACUUAAUGCUGUAUGUCAACAAACAAGGUCACACGUGGAAUGUUUAUGUCCACCGGGAUAUGUGGGAAAUCCAAACAUACAGUGUAUUGACAUCGACGAAUGUGGCUCGAAACCUUGCGCAGAAAAUGCUAUUUGCAUAAACACUCCUGGAAGCUUUAGCUGUAUCUGUAAAAGUCGAUACGUCGGUAACCCAUACGAAUUGUGUUCACAAGUAUCAAUUUCAAAAUGUAUUGAAGGAAGCAUAUGCACAUGUUCUCAUAACGCUACGUGUCCAGAUGGAUAUAUUUGUGAAAAAUCGAAAUGUGUUGAUGUAUGCCGAAAAAUCAUGUGUGGUCCUAAAGCAAUAUGUGAAGAAGGAAGUUGCCAAUGCUUACCGGGUCAUACUGGUAAUCCUAAUGAUUUACAACGAGGAUGCGUUUCAGAUAAUAGGUGUAUGGUUGACGGAGAUUGUAAAGAUUCAGAAAUUUGUUUCCAAAUUGCGAAAAACGUUCGAAAAUGCGUAGACUCAUGUAGCAAGUUGCAGUGCGGACCAAAUUCUUUGUGUAUAGGAGCAAAUCAUCAAGCACAUUGUAUAUGUGCGGAAGGAUAUGUAGGAAAACCUACAGAUAUAAAAACGGGAUGUCAUCUGCAACAACGAGAGCCAAAUGAAGUAGAAUGUAACGAAAAUGAUGAUUGUACAGAACCACAAGUGUGUGUCCCAGUUGAUGGAUCUACAAAUAGGUGCUUAGAUUUAUGUUCUACUAUUGCAUGCAGUGCCAAUGAAUUAUGUAGAGUGGUAGAUAGAAAUGCUCGAUGUGAAUGUAAAGAUGGUUUCCUAUGGAAUCCGGUUAGCUCUACCUGUGAACAACCGUCUACUCCAGAUUGCGUAAAAGACGAUGAUUGCGAUGAUAACAAAUCUUGUCAAAAAGAUGUAUUGGGAGUCAAUAAAUGUGAAGACAAUUGUUUAUUAUAUACUUGCCCAGAGAACUCAAAAUGUGUCACUAUAAACCAUAAAAGCCAAUGUGUAUGCUUAACCGGAUUUGUUGGAAACCCAAACGAUCGCGAUGGCUGCCUGUUACUAAACAAAAAUCAAUGCACAGACGAUGCUCAAUGUAGGGAAAGUGAAGUAUGUAAAAAUAUUGGUAAUAUAAAGAAAUGUAUACCAGCAUGCCAACAACUCACUUGUGGUCCCAAUGCCGUCUGUGUCACAAAUAAUCAUGUCGCCAAAUGUCAAUGCCCCUCUGGACCAUUUACUGGAAAUCCCAACGAUCUGGAAAAAGGUUGUCAAUCGGUGCCUUGCAUUUACAAUGCUGAUUGUUCAUCGCACGAGCUUUGUAAUAGGAUGACACAUACUUGCAUGAGCGUUUGUACUGAAGACUCUUGUGGCGACAACGCUGUGUGUAUAGCUGAAAAUCAUAAAGCCAACUGUCAGUGCCCAAGCGGAUACAGAGCGGAUCCAUUACCGGAAGUAAACUGUAAAAAAAUGGAAGUAUGUAAUCCAAACCCUUGCCAUCCAACAGCCAUAUGUGAACCACGACUCUCAUCAUAUGUGUGUAAAUGCCCAUUUGGACUCAUCGGGGACCCAAAAACAAGUGGCUGCCGAAAACAAGACGAGUGUACUAAUGGUGAUGAAGAUUGUCCAUCAGAAGCAGUGUGUGUAAACGGACGUUGCGUCAACCCUUGCGAUGGAGCCUGCGGUAUAAAUUCACUGUGUAAAAUAGUUGAUAGAAAAGCCAUUUGUAUUUGUCCUGAUGGAUACGAAAGCAUACCUGGCGGAAAUGCAUGCAAGAAAAAGUUACUGGUAUGUAAUAGUGAACUUGACUGCGACGGAGACAUUUGUUCAAACGGCCAAUGUUUCACUGCUUGCAAAAACUCAAGUCAUUGUGACCCCGGCGACUUGUGUUCGAAAAAUCUGUGCGUAACACAAUGUAAUAAAAACACUCAAUGUGGAAUUGGACAAGCUUGCGUCGGAGGCCAAUGUUUGAUUGGAUGCAGAAGUAAUGAAGACUGUCCCAGUGACGAAGCUUGUAUCAAUAAUAAAUGCGCAAACCCCUGUUUAGCAACACGUGUAUGCGGUCCUAAUGCCAUAUGUUCAAGAAUUAAUCACAGCACAAAAUGCGAGUGCCCGCUUGGAUUCGAGGGGGCACCAACACCACAGCAAGGAUGCGUAAGGAAACCAAGUUCUUGCGUUCGAACCUCAGAAUGCCCACCUGAUCAUAUGUGCAUAGGAUUGUUAUGUCAAGUUCCUUGUCAAGAUAAUUCAGGUUGUGCUAUUGGAGAAAAAUGUAGUGACAAUAAGUGUCUUAAAAUCUGCCAUUCAAGUAGUAAUUGUUUACAUGGGGAGCAUUGCAGUUCCGGAGUAUGUAUAGCUGGAUGUAAAACAGAAUCCGAUUGCUUGAAUAAUCAAAUAUGUAAAUCGUCAGAAUGCCAGUGUUCACCCGGAUUUGAAAUGGUUGAAGAUGAAUGUAUCAAUAUUGAUGAAUGUGGUAACAGUCCAUGCCACCCAUCGGCACAGUGUGUAGAUAUUCCUGGAUCAUUUAAAUGUGUCUGUGCAACAGGUGCAGUUGGUGAUCCUUACAAAACAGGAUGUUUGUUACCAAAUCAAUGCAGAAAUGACAAUCAAUGUGAAGAAUCUCUUGCUUGUUUAAAAGGAAAAUGUUCAAACCCGUGUCAAAAUAAAGCAUGUGGGUUUAAUGCUUUAUGCUCAGUUGUUAAACAUAGAGUAACAUGCGAUUGUGAAAAAGGCUAUUUGGGAAAUCCAUUCGAUAAGAAUAUUGGAUGUUUCAAAGUAGAAUGUGUAGAGGAUUCCGACUGUUCUGAUGAUAAAUUUUGUAAUGCAAAAAAUAAUAAAUGUUCAGACAAAUGUGACGAAUUUUUAUGUCAAGGUGGCACAUGCAAAAUAGAAGAACACAAAGCCUUAUGCAGUUGUCCAUUUGGAUAUGAAUUGAUUAAUAAUGUAUGUGAAGAUGUCAACGAAUGCUUGAAUAACCCAUGUCCUUUGAAUUCAAAGUGUCAAAAUAGUCCAGGUUCAUUUUCUUGUAAUUGUGUCAAUGGCACAAUACUCGACGCGACUAGCGGCAAUUGUCGAAUUCCUGGUGAUUGCUUUUCGGAUGAUGAUUGUUCGGAAAAAACAAAAUGCUUUAAUAACCAUUGCAUCAAUCCAUGUGAAAAACUUUCACCUUGUGGUGAAAACGCUGAAUGUAUUGUAUCUAAACAUGAACCAACUUGCGAAUGUCCACCAGACAGUCAAGGCGAUCCGUACAAAAAAUGUAUUAAGUUCCAAUGCACCAAAGAUUCUGAUUGCUCGUUACAAGAAGCCUGCGUCAAUUAUAAAUGCAAAAAUUCAUGCAGCAUACCACGAGCUUGUGGGAAAAACGCCAAUUGCGAAUCAAGAAACCACAUAGGGCAUUGUUCCUGUUCUCCCGGUUACACUGGAGACCCAGUAUUAGGAUGUGUUCCAGUUCAAAUCUGCACAGAUGAUAGCAGAUGUUCUUCGGGAACCCGGUGUAUAGAUAACUUGUGUGUUGGUUUGUGUAAGAAUUCACGUGAUUGUAUAAACGACCAAGUAUGCAUACAAGGAACUUGUCGCAGUACAUGUGAAUCCAAUAGCACGUGUCCCGAUUUCCAAUUUUGUUUAAACAGAAUCUGUAGCAAAGAAAUGCACUGUACGUCGAAUAAUGAUUGUUCCGAUGAUGAAAUGUGCUCUAUGGGUAGAAACGGUAUACCACAAUGUGUACGCGUGUGCGAAAAACAUCCAUGCGGAAGGCAAGCUACUUGUGCUGGUCAAAACCACCAAGCUGUAUGUUCAUGUCGACAAGGAUUCUUUGGAGAUCCCCUUCAAGUUUGUAAAAGAAAGCAAUGUGACUCAGACACGGAUUGUUCAGAUGACAAAUUAUGUGAUAAAAAUAUGUGCAAAAUUGCAUGUUUAGUUGGAAACGAUUGUAGUGAUAAUUCGAUUUGUUCAUCAGAGAAACAUAAACAUGUUUGUUAUUGUCAGCCUGGUUAUACGGGUAAUCCUUUGAAGGGAUGUACUCCAAUAAAUUGGUGUACUUCAAAUCCAUGUGGCAACGGUGCCGAAUGUAAAAACACGCGAGAUCGAGCCCAAUGUAUUUGCCCGGACGGAGCUGUUGGCGACCCGUAUGGGGAAGGGUGUCGCAAGUCACAGGAAUGUCGUCUAAACAGAGACUGUCCAGCGGUUGCCCGCUGUACCCUAGUAGAUGGCAUUAGAAAGUGCACAGACGCAUGUGAAAAUGUUAAAUGUGGGCUUAAUGCAGAAUGUGUUGCAUUACGACAUACAGGACAAUGUAAAUGCAAAACUGGUUACGUAGGAAACGCUGUAGGAGAGAACGGUUGUCGUCUUCGUGAAAUUUCUUGUUCUGGUAAAACUGACUGUCCAAAUGAUUACUACUGUCACAAAGGAACAUGUAAAGGUUUAUGUCUCAUGGAUGAGGAGUGCAGCUCAACUGAAAAGUGUUUCAAUGGUCAAUGUGUUGAACCCUGUCAAGCUGAAAAGGCCUGUGGGUUGAAUGCUUUGUGUCGUACGGAAAAUCAUGUUUUACAAUGUAGUUGUCCAUAUGGUUUCACGGGCAAUCAAGACGUAGAAUGUGUAAGAAUGCCAAGACUAUGUGGCGGUGCCGGUGAAUGUGAAACCGGCUACACUUGUCAAGACUCCAUGUGUUUGCCAAAUUGUAACAUCGACGAAGAGUGCGCUAUGAAUGAGAGGUGUUCUAAAGGAGUGUGCCUAUUAACUUGUCGCGUGGAUAAUGAUUGCUUCCUGGGACAUAUCUGUUUAGAAAACAGUUGUCAGUAUGGAUGUAGACAUAAUGAGGACUGCGGCCCAGAAGAAUUUUGUAACAACAAUUUCUGUCAAAACCCUUGUGCUACUGAUGUUAAUCCAUGCGGGCCGAAUGCACUGUGUACGGUAUCUGAUAGGAAAGCAACGUGCUCUUGUUUAGAAGAUUUAAUACCAAACCCCACACCCAACAUCGGAUGUGUAAGAGCACCAUCUCCAACGUGCCGUAAGCAUACAGAUUGUGCAAAUGGUUGGAGAUGUGAAGAUGAUCGCUGUAGACCUGCAUGUAACGCAGAUAGCUCAGAGUGCUUGCAGGGCGAACGAUGUGAUUCAGGUGUUUGUCGUUACGCUUGCGCCUCUGACGAACACUGUUCGGAUGACGAAGUUUGCGAUGGAAGAUUAUGUAUUACGGGAUGUAGAUCUAAUUCUCACUGUGCCAGUAACUUGGCGUGUAUAUCAGGCCAGUGUGUCGAUCCUUGUAUUAAACCAGCUGCAUGUGGUGCGAAUGCUCUUUGUGGAACGAAAGAUCAUCAACCCGUAUGUUCAUGUCCCAAAUCAUUAGUUGGAGAUCCAAAAUCAGUCUGUCGACGGGUACCCACAUCAUGCGAUUCGAACAAAAACUGUCCUGAUAGAUUUAGUUGUUAUGGCGAUACUUGUCACCCGUCUUGCAGAAGUGAUGUUGUUUGUUUAUCCAAUGAAAAGUGCAUUCGAGGAAUAUGCAGAGUAGUUUGCAACAGUGAUGAUGCCUGUAGUGAGGGUCACAUUUGCGAAAAUAGAAUUUGCAAACAAGGAUGUCGUGAUGAUAACGCCUGUGAUACUAACCAAGCUUGCAUUAAUGGUCAAUGCAAAGAUCCAUGUAAAGACGGCGGUGCUUGCGGCAUUUGUUCAGACUGUCAAGUACUUAACCACAGAGCCCAGUGUAGUUGUUCAAGCAAUUACACCGGGAAUCCACUUGUAGAAUGCAAGAGAAAAACAUUAGCAUGUGACGGAUUUUGCCCUUGUGAUGAUAGCGGGUACUGUGUUUCACUAUGUGAAGAGAAUAGAGACUGUUCUUGUGGUGAAAAAUGCUACAAUGGUGGUUGUAGGUUACUCUGCUCCCCCAGAAAUAAAUGCCCGCAAAGACAAUUAUGUAUAAGGGGUGUUUGUGUACCUGGAUGCAGUAGCGAUAGGGAUUGUGGAGAAGAUAUGUUAUGUUCUUCAAAACUUUGCGUAGAUGCUUGCCGAGAAAAUUCUUGUGGCAAAAACGCAAUUUGUUUAGCAACGAGACACCGAGCAGUUUGCAGUUGUCCCAGUGGAUUUUCGGGUGAUCCCAUAAAAGAAUGCAAAUCUUAUGAAUGUCUUAAAAACGAAGACUGCGGAGCAGAAGAAGAGUGCCAUGAUGAUGGAAAAUGUAAAAAUGUUUGUUCUGGAGCUUGUGGUAUUAACGCAAUUUGCCGCCCGGUAAAUCGUAAUCCACAGUGCUCUUGUCCUCCAAAUUACAUCGGAAAUCCAAAAAUCGAAUGUUCGAAGCCUCCAGCUGGCAGUUGUUUACGAAAUCCUUGUGGUAUAAAUUCACGUUGCCGUGAUUUAGAAGAUGGUAGUUACGAAUGCACAUGUCCUCCCGGAUGUGCUGGCAAUCCCCAGAGGCAAUGUUUCUGUGGCACCAUGGAGCCCUGUGCUUAUAAGACAUGUGGCACAAAUGCACAAUGCCGUAUCGGACAAAACGGAGAAGUACAGUGCUAUUGCCCACGCAAUUAUCCUAACGGCGACCCUAAUAUAGAAUGUGCCCUAGAACGUAGCGUGGUAGAUUGUCGUACUACCGGGUGUGGUAUAAAUGGAGAAUGUUUAAGGGAAGGUGGAGAAUUUGUGUGCCGUUGCAUACCCGGUACUGAAGGACAAGCUGAUAUCGAGUGUCACACCAGUGUUGAAUGCACGAGCGACAAGCAUUGCCCGGUAGACCGCGCGUGCCUCAGCUUGCACUGCGUAGACCCGUGCACGGUGCGCGGUGCGUGUGGCGAAGACGCGCUCUGCGCGCCUUUGAUGCACCGCGCUCAGUGCUCGUGUCCGCAGUGCUACGUGGGGCAGCCGCGCGUGGCCUGCCGCCUGGACCCUACUUGCAAACCCACGGCAGACCUAAACUCCACUUUCACAUGUUCGAAAACAAAAGAGUGUCCAUCAAAACUGGCAUGCGACCUAGACAGUAAUCAGUGCCGUAAUCCGUGCCUGGGCUAUCAAAAUUGUAGAAGAAACCAAAAGUGCGAAGUUAGAAACCACAAACCUAUAUGCGUGUGUAAAAAUGGCUUUGCAUUAAAUGAAAAGGGAGAAUUGACAUGUGCACCGGAACACGCGGAAUGUACACGGGACGAACAGUGCCCAUCCAACGCAGCAUGUCGUAAUUCCAAGUGUGUGAAUCCGUGUUUGGCAUCAAGAGAGCCCGUUUGUCCUGAAGGAAAGCAGUGUGAAGUACAGGAACAUCGCGCUGUUUGUAUAUGCGUAGAAGAUUGCCAUCCGACACUGUCUAUAUGCCUAAGAGAUAAAGGCUGCCCCAACAAUCUAGCGUGUAUAGACUUCGAAUGUAAAGACCCUUGUAAAGACGCUUGUGGUGGUGCUCCAUGUACAGUAGAAGACCACCACCCAGUAUGCAAGUUUUGUCCUAAUGGUUUCACACACGAUGAAAAACGAGGCUGUAUUAAAGCACUAUCGUGCGAGGCUCACGAUCACUGCGGGGAAGGCUUGGCGUGCAUCGACAGCCAGUGCCGAAACCCGUGCGCGCGCGGCGGCCCCUGCGCUCCAGGACAUCACUGUGACGUCGUCAACCACCAACCUGUAUGCUCUAAAGUGUGCCAAUGUCAGACAUCGUCGGACUGCGCAAGAUAUCCUAACACCUUCUGCGACGGCUGCGCUUGCGUUAAAGGAGAUCAACCAACAACCAACUGUGCUCAUUGUCGCCCUGGUGUGCCCUGUGAUCCGUUUUCUGGUGCCUGCAUGGAAAAUGAUCAACCUAAAAAUGUCCUACUAACUGAAACACACACCGAAUCUACUUUCUUUACGACGGACAUAGAUACGGAAUUAACUGACAGUGCUUUAACAAAUAAUUAUACGACCUUUUCAUAUAAUGAACAGAAAGUUACGACUAUUGCUAGUGAAACAGUUCUUGAUGUUACCACUGCAUCAACGAUUAGUAUUUUUGACGAACAGAAAAUGAUCACAAAUCCGAAUAAUUUGGCUACUACACCAGAUACGGAAACUUCAACGUUUGUUACAAAACCGUCAAUUGUUAUUGAAAAUACUGUAGAAAUUACGACAGAUAUCAAUACCUCUGCUAUUGAUGAAACAAAAUCGCACACUGACACGUUUGAAUCAACGCCUGCUGAAACAAAUACAAUGCUCUUAAGUCCAGAUUUAGAAGCUUUCACAACUAUCAUGCCGAAAACUGUUGAACAUUCAACGACUAAAGACUACUCUGUGGAUUCUGAAACAACUAUUGUUUCAGUAACGACGGAAGCGACAGUAUUAUUUACAGAAGAAGAUAAUCAUAGGCCUCAUACAACUCUUGAUUCCGAUGAGCUUAUACAUAGCGGUAGUACUAUUCAUGUUGAAUCAACCGCAAAACCAUCAAUUACAAAGCACAAUGAAGUAAAUGAUACGUUUUUAUCUUCAAAUGAUAGUAAGAAUACAAAAACACCCGAAAAUCAAAGGCAGUUGAAUAAUUUUACUCAAAUUAUAAUGUCAUAUCAUACAACAUCUAAAGAGAUAACAGAAAAAUCCACAACACAAAUAUAUAAGCCUAGUACAGAUUCACCAGAAAAAGUAGAUAUUUCUGUUACUUAUCAGAAAAAUAAUUUCGGCAAAACAACCGAUAUGAACAGCCACAUUUCAACUACGGAUCACACAGAAAAAAACUUUAGCACACAAUUAGACUCAAAUGAAAUGUCAACAGCAAACUACUCAUCGUUAACUUUAACUAGCGAAAUAGAAAGUACUACAAUAUCAAAUAGUGGUGAUGUAGAAACGACUUAUGGUAUUGUAAAAUCAAGUACCGAGGAAACAAAAAGCACUGGACACAAUUUUAAAACUUCACUAAUAUUGGACACUACAACCACGCAAGAAGAAUUAAUAACAAAAAAGACUACUGACAUUUACAGUACUUCUAGUGGUGGUUUUGGGGCAAAAUCUACUGAAUAUUUAGAAACCAAUGAUGAAAAUGGAGCAACGAUAACAUCUAAUGUUUUAGAUCAAUCAACUGGUGGUAUCACAUCAACGGAAUUUGCUGUUACCAGUAGCGAAGAAACUACUUUUACACAAUAUGAUAAAAGUACAACGAGAACAAUACCCACUGAGAAAACUACUGAAGAAAUUUCCCAAAAGGCAACGAUAGAUUACGCAACAGACACCGUAAGUUUUACUGGAAAUACCGAAAAUUUAUUAACAACUUCUACGUCCUUCCUCCCGAAUAGGACCGAAGCAACAACAACUAUUUCACCAGUUACAAUUGAUAAUAAUAGUCAGAAAAAUGCGUAUAAGACAACGCCAGACACAAUCACUCUUAACAGUGAAGAUACACAAACGCUGAUGACCACUGAUGAUACAAAUAAUAAACUAUCACCAGAUAUAAGUUAUAGUACCGAACAAAUACAAACAAUUGAAGUCGGUACUUCACCUUCAGAUUACCUUACAGAAAUUACCUUGCUCAACACAGAUAAAAUAUCUACAAGUUUCACCCACACCACUGGAUCGUUAUCUGAAAUACAAACUGUUAAAAGUUUAUCAAGCUCCACAGCAUCAGUCGACAUCGAUAAUGUUGUUAUAAUUUCAACUGAGUCUACAAUAAAUUCAGAACAGAUAACAAAUAAAUUUGAUGAGCAAUUUACAACUAUGAAAACUUCCGAUAACAAUGAUGAAACUAAAACGGUUAAUCCAUCCACACUAGAAGAAAGUACAAUGAAAAGCUCGAAAGAGACUGAUGGUUAUGAUGACUCAGUAACUCAUAGCUAUACAACUAGUAAAUUGACAUCAACCACCAGUUCAGUUGAUGGUGAUGUAGUCGAAACAAAAUACAUUUCUACGAUGGAGGCAACUAGUAGUACAAGUUUGCCUAUCACUUCGGAUAAUUAUUUAACUGGAUAUGAUGUAACAGAUGACAAAAAUCACGUUUAUACAACGGAGAGUGUAGAAUACUCAGUCAAUACUUUGGAAACACAAUCCACCACUAUAUCACCUCCGAGUUUACCUGUUGAAGAUGACGUAUCGAAAAACCAUACAGAAAUUUUAAAAACAACAAAAACUGAAUCAGAAAGUAGUACUAUGCAAACUGAAAUAACUAAAAACUUAUUGCAAUCUACCACUAUAUCACCUCCGAGAUUACCUGUCGAAGAUGACGUAUCGAAAAACCAUACAGAAAUUUUAAAAACAACAAACACUGAAUCAGAAAGUAGUACCAUGCAAACUGAAAUAACUAAAAAUUUAUUGCCUAGUGCAAUGACAGAAAUUGUUUCCAAUAAACAAACAGAUUUUGAUGUUAGUCUUAAAUAUACCACUUCUUUACAUAAAACAACAACAAAUAAUCCUAUUUCAACAUCAGAUCACACAAUGACUAUGUCAGAUGUUACUAAUGCAGAAAGUAACACACGUGACGCAUUGAGCACUAUUACGGAUAUAUCUGAUACAAUCCAAUCCAGUACCAUUAGCGGGGAAACAACAAAUUUUAAACUAUAUACAAAUAGUGUAAGUAAGUCUACAUCCCCUAAUGAUGUUGAUUCAUAUUUAGAUACCACCAGUUUACCUAGCAGUGAUCUUCCAACACAAACCACAGAAAAGUCUGCUGAAAUUCCUACUACUGUAAUUAUUUCAAAGUCAGGUACAAUACCGGACCAUGAUGAGACAAAGCUUGAUAAUCAUACGUCACAUGUUACCGAGACUGUUUUGCCUCUAACAAAUACAGAUAAUGUAAAUACAGCUGAAAAUAAUGUUGAAUCUACUGUAGAGAAUGCAAUUACAACAUUACCUGCAUUUACAACUGAGGAAACACAAGGAACCACUAAAAUUUAUGACAGGUCUACAGAUUUCAUAACAAAAUAUGUGACAAAUACUUAUGAAGAACCACACAAAAUAGAAAGUACAUCUGAAAUUUCUAAACCUGAUAAAUCCACUGCUUACAGUGAGGGAAUUACCGAUACAUAUGGAAAAACUACAGAAUAUUUCGAAACAACGUCUUACGCUACCACGCAAUUAUAUUCUAAACAUGAUGGUAAUAUACAAAGUACUAGUACCGGUAGUAAUGAUGAAAACACUAUAACUAAUCAAUACAUUGUUACUGAAGCAGUUACAGUAACUGUCGAUGUAACGAAAAGUGACAGCAGAAAUCUGUCUGAAAGUAUUACAACUGAUGAGUUAAAUAAUACUACUACUUUUGUACUUCCCAAUGCAAGCACCAAUACGAUAUUUGAAGAUAAGAGCACACAAAAAAUAACUAGCAAAAUAGUGAUCGAUAUAAGUACAGAAACAUCUACAUUACCUUACGAUUUAAAUAAAGAAAACGAAAUAAAAAAGCUUAGUACUGUAGAAAUGGUCCCGGUAAGUGAACUUACUACAACAGCAGAAAUAGAACUAUCCAGCAUUCAGGAAAAUUAUAGUCAAAUAAUAACUGACAAAGAACAAGUAGAAACAACAACAAAGACAGACAGAGAAGUACUUUUAAGUAAAGCUAGUACAAAUGACAUUCAGAUUACUACUAUGACUUCAGAAGUAGGCACAAAUACACCUUUCAUCGAUAAAGAUGCUAUAGAAAAUGAUAGCAUGAAUAAUACUGAAACUGAAGAAAAGCCCACAGAGAGUUUAAUAUCAGUUACCAAAUUUGUUACUGUUAGUGAUAUAAAUAUUACAGAAACAAGCACACAAAUACCUACAACAGAUACUUACAUUGAAAAUACAAGUGACACUGACAAAACUGAUGAAAAUAAUGGGCCUUCUAUAACUUCCACUGUUAAUUUAGAAAAUAGCAUAUCAACUACAUAUGAGAAAAUUACAACUGACACUGCGCAAACUAUAACGACUCCAAUAAUAGUACCUAUUUCUUUACCUGGGCGAGAUUCUAUUAGUACCACAGAGAUGAGUAUUAAAUCAACCACAAGCCAAGUCGAUGGUACCAUAAUGACUACUGAAAAUGAAAAUGCAGUAAUUAUAACGGAAAGUGAUUUAAUUAACACAGAUUUAAUUACUAGAAAUAUAAAAGAAAUGAUAACUUCAUCUGUAACAGUAGAAAGAACUUUAGAAACCUCAUCGAAAUAUGAUCACGAUAAUAAUGAAAAAACAACGGAACCUACUUCUAUUGUGACGGAAUUUCGUGUAAAUGAAACCUUUUCGACUUCCAGUACUACUGACGUAAAUAUAAAAGUUUCUACAACAAACGUUGAUAGCACACCAACUAGUAAUCACUCUGUUAAUGUACCUAAUGUUAGCACGUCUACGGAUAAUUUGUCUUCUCGUAGUAAAGAUGUUGAUAUUUUCGCUUGGACUGAAUCGACAACUACACCUGACUUGACUUCGACUGAGACAAAUUUAAAGACUGACAUACAUAACAAAAGGUGUGAUAUUAAUUCGCACUGCCCGCUGGAUAAAGCCUGCUUGAACGGAGUAUGCCAGAAUCCGUGCGAGGUGGCGCCAAGUCCAUGUACAAUAAGCACACCCUGUAAAGUAGUCGACCACGCCGCUGUAUGUGUGUGCGAUCAUGAAGCUGGGGACUUCUGUAGAAGAGAAUCACCUGGGACACCUAAAGCACCAGAACCUUGUCAAUCUGAUCGGGACUGUAUAGAGAGUGAAGCCUGUUUUAUGGGAAUAUGUCAAAACCCUUGUGAAUUUAACAUGUGUGGUACUGGAGCCAACUGUCAGCCAGUACUGCAAAGGCCUAUGUGCUCAUGUCCCGCUGGAUAUGAUGGAGAUCCGGCUGUUAAAUGUUCUCCUAAAAAAAUUGGUUGCACUCGAAAUGAAGAUUGUCAAUUGACUGAAGCUUGUAUAAAUAAUGCAUGUCAGCACCCAUGUGCUAUACACAAUCCCUGCGCACAAAACGCUGUCUGUAUAAACACAAAUCAUGGCUCGGAUUGUAGCUGCGUUGAAGGAUACCAAGGGAACGGGUACGUCGGCUGCGUGCCAGUUAAUGAUAAUAAGUCAGUAUGUCAAUAUAAUGAAGACUGUCCACCUGAGUUGUUGUGCGAUAGACUGAACAGAGUAUGUAUAAACCCAUGCACAAUGAACAAAUGCGGAGACAACGCAGAGUGUAUUCCUGCUAAACAUGGAAUUGAAUGCAAAUGCUACGCUGGAUAUACUGGAAAUCCGUUCCUAGAAUGCUAUCAAGUCCAAGGUUGCAGAACUGACAAUGAAUGUGCAAAUUCGGAGGCUUGUAUAAAUGGUAAAUGCGGCUCUCCUUGCCGUUGUGGCGCAAAUGCAAUUUGUGACGUAUUGAAUCAUCGCGCUACAUGCAAAUGCCUCCCAGGCUAUAACGGAAAUCCAACACUUGGUUGUGAACCACCGAGAAACCCUUGUAUCCCAAACCCAUGUGGAAUUAAUGCUUUGUGUGAAAGUGAUAAUGGGAAUCCGAUUUGCUAUUGUCCUAAAGGACUAACAGGAAAUCCCUUUAAAAACUGCAUUCCAGAAGGAAAUGAAUGUGAACCAAACCCGUGCGGACCCUACUCUGGAUGUCGAUUAAUAGAUAACCGCCCGGCGUGUUUCUGUUUGCCAAAUUACGAAGGGAAUCCACCUGCAGAGCCAUGUAGACUUCCAAGCAACCCAUGUAACCCAUCUCCGUGUGGCCCUAACACUCAAUGCACUGUAUUAUCGAAUGGAUUUGCUAAAUGUACUUGUUUAGAUGGAUACAUAGAGAGUCCCAACACAGUUCGAGGUUGUAUUGAAGCACGAAACCCUUGUGAGCCAAAUACUUGUGGUAUCGGAGCACGUUGUGAUCCCAACAGAACUCCCGCUUGUUAUUGUCCAGAUAGUACAGUGGGUAAUCCUUAUAAAUCAUGUAACAAAGGUUAUCUUCCUCCUGCCAUUCUAUGCCAACCAGGGCCUUGUGGACCUAACGCAGAUUGUUAUGUGAGCAGUAACACAGAAAUGUGUUUCUGUAAAACUAAUUUUAUUGGGAAUCCAUAUACAGGCUGCCAACAAAGAAGUAGUCCUUGCACUCCAAAUCCUUGUGGUCCUCAAGCCAUUUGUGAUACCAACUAUAAUGGACAAGCAGUAUGCACAUGCGUUGAAGGUAGCUCAGGUGAUCCAUAUGGUGUAAACGGGUGUCAUUCAAGGGAAUGUGAAGUAGACACUGACUGCAGUAAAAAUAAGGCUUGCAUUGGAUAUACCUGCCGUGAUCCAUGCCCAGGAGUAUGUGGUUUAAAUGCUAAAUGUCAUGUAGAAUUACAUCGUCCUGUUUGCACUUGUGAAGAUGGACUUAUAGGCAAUCCUUUUAUUUGCUGCUUACCGCCGGAAGAUCAAAAAUCAAUAAGACCAUGUAAUAAAGUAGAGUGUGGAAUUAAUGCAAUGUGUCAAGAUGUAGGGGAUGAGGCAUUAUGUCAUUGUCCUCCUGAUUUCUUUGGAGAUCCAACAGUUGAAUGCAAACCACAAUGUUUGAUGAAUUCAGACUGCCCAUCUAACGAAGCUUGCGUAAAUAACAAAUGCCAAGAUCCAUGCACUUUGAACAAUAUUUGCGGAAUUAAUGCAGUUUGUUUGUGUUCAGACCACACUGUUUCGUGUUUAUGUCCUGAUGGAUACAUCGGAGAUCCGAUGACACAAUGUAUCUAUCGACCAAUACUAAUACCACCAGACAACACGACAAGUCAACCAUGUUCACCAAACCCAUGCGACCCAAAUGCACCGUGUGAUACCUACGGCAAUCAGUUUGCGAUUUGUGACGCUUGUGUUGGCCCUGACUCAGUGAAUAAUCCUGCAUGCAGACCAGAAUGCAUACUGAGUUCAGACUGUGCAUUCAAUAAAGCUUGUUUAAGAAACAGAUGUGUGGACCCCUGUCCAGGAUCUUGUGGUAUCGAUGCAGAGUGUAUGGUUUAUCAUCAUGAUCCCAUUUGCCGAUGCCCCAAAGGAUUCCAAGGAAAUCCCUACGAGCUUUGUAAACUAACAACAAAUCCUGUGGAACAAGAAAACUGUGACAAUGUCCGGUGUGGAGAUAAUGCCAUCUGCCAGGAAAUAAAUGGUGCACUAACAUGCACAUGUUUACCAAAUUUCUUCGGAAACCCAUAUUUGUCUUGUCGUCCUGAGUGCGUUGUAAAUAGCGAUUGUUCUCCUGAUUUAGCAUGUUUAAAUAACAAAUGCGAAGACCCCUGCCAUAAUGUAUGUGGCUUGGGAGCAUUAUGUAAAACAGUCAAUCAUCACGCAGUUUGUUAUUGUGAACCGGGAUUCACAGGAGAUCCUUACAUUAGAUGUCAAAGUACACCAAUUACUCCACCUGUUUUAUCAACUUGUGAUCCAUCGCCAUGUGGUCCGUACAGUCGCUGUCUUAUAUCACCUUCUGGAUUUGCAGUCUGUUCAUGCUUACCAGGACACCGAGGAGUUGCGCCUAUGUGUCAACCUGAAUGCGUGAGCAAUUCCGACUGUCAACAAACGGAAAUAUGUGUCAAUCAAAGAUGUUCAAAUCCAUGCCAAGGUAGUUGUGGUGUCAACGCAGAAUGUAUUACAAUAAAUCAUAAUCCUAUAUGUAGCUGUGGCGCCAAAAGAACCGGAGAUCCAUUCGUAGCGUGUACAGAAAUUACAGACGAGCCUGUUCAAAGAAAUCCAUGUGUACCAUCUCCAUGUGGACCAAAUUCAGUGUGUGAGGUCGUAUCUGACCGACCAGUCUGCUCAUGUCGACCCAAUUAUUCGGGAACGCCACCUUAUUGUAGACCAGAAUGUGUUAUAAGUCAAGAAUGUCCAUCUCACCAGGCUUGUAUCAACGAAAAAUGCGUAGACCCGUGCACAAAUGCAUGCGGAAACAAUGCAAAGUGUAACGUUGUUAACCACACACCAUUAUGUAGUUGCCUGGAAGGGUACAAAGGUGACGCAUUUGUUGGAUGUGUUGCAAUACCAAUAGUAGACAUUAAAACACCAUGUGAACCAUCGCCCUGCGGAGAAAACACAAUAUGUACUGUUGUAAAUGAUGUUGCACGCUGUUCAUGCAUACCACCAAAUAUUGGAAAUCCCUAUGCAGGUGGUUGUAGACCUGAAUGUUCAAUAAAUUCUGACUGUCCUAAUCAUCUGGCCUGUUUAUCAAAUCACUGUCGGGAUCCCUGCAAAGACCUAUGCGGUGUGAAUGCUGAAUGUACAGUUACCAAUCACGUUCCUGUCUGUACAUGCUUCAAGGGUUAUGAAGGAAAUCCGUUUUCGUCAUGUCGCGAAGAAUAUAAGCCUCCAUAUCCUCCAUUGAAUCCUUGUGAACCAUCGCCAUGUGGACCAAACAGCGAAUGUAACGUCGUUAGUGAUCGCCCUGUUUGCGUUUGCCAACCCGGAUUCUUAGGCGCGCCUCCCGCAUGCCGCCCGGAAUGUGCUGUGAAUUCAGAUUGUCCAGCGAACAAAGCUUGCAUCAAUCUCAAAUGCAAAGAUCCUUGUGUACAUAGCUGCGGUUUGGAUGCAAGAUGCCAUGUGGUCGGUCAUAAUCCAAUUUGCACCUGCCCUGAAAAUCUUCCUGAAGGCGAUCCUUUCAUCAGAUGUUUCCGAAAAAAUAUUUCGUAUCCAGCUCCUGACCCAUGUCUUCCAUCUCCCUGUGGACCGUAUUCUACAUGUCGCAACGUCAAUGGUAGAGCAACCUGCUCUUGUGAACCAGGCAUGCUUGGUGCCCCACCAACAUGUCGGCGACAAUGUGUCAUCAAUCAAGACUGCCCUCUAGCACUCGCCUGCCUCUCUGGUUCUUGUGUCAACCCCUGUGUUGGAUCCUGCGGUUUCAACGCUCGCUGUAUAGUGCAAAAUCACCAGCCAAUAUGCUCUUGCGACGACGGCUACUCCGGAGAUCCGUUCGCUGGUUGCAGUCGUACUGAGGUUCCAAAAGAUCUGCCACGUCAUCCUUGUAAUCCAUCACCAUGUGGACCUAACGCCAUAUGUCGUGAGAGAGAUGGUGCUGGUUCAUGUACUUGUAUAGAUGAAUUUUAUGGCGACCCGUACUUAGGUUGCCGCCCAGAAUGUGUCAUGAACACUGACUGCGCUAUGGAUAGAUCUUGUUUCAAUAACAAAUGUGUGGAUCCUUGUUCUGGCGCUUGUGGACAGAAUGCUGAAUGUAGAGUCACAAACCACGCACCAUCAUGUUCUUGCUUGCCUGGAUAUAAUGGAAAUCCUCUUCAUGCAUGUACUCCUGUUCCGAUUCUUCAAGAACCUGUAAAUCCAUGUCAACCUUCGCCUUGCGGACCGUACAGCAGAUGUCGUAUCUUUAAUGGGCAUGCUGUAUGUACGUGUUUGGAUAUAUGUGUCGGUUCUCCACCAAAUUGUCGACCGGAAUGUAUAGUUAGUUCUGAUUGUCGAUCUGACAAAGCGUGUAUUAAUCAAAAAUGUCAAGACCCAUGUGCCGGAAUGUGUGGUAUCGACGCUCAAUGUCAAGUUGUAAACCAUAACCCAAUCUGCAGUUGUUUGAACGGAUAUACCGGUGAUCCAUUUGUUAAAUGCUUCAUCGACAGACCGAUGAUCCCUAUAAAUAGUUGCAUUCCCAGUCCAUGUGGUCCUAAUUCUCAAUGCAAUGAAGUAAACGGUGUACCAGUUUGUUCAUGUCUACGCAACUACGUGGGUCGCCCUCCUAAUUGUAGACCGGAAUGCGUCAUAGAUGUCGAAUGUCCAGGAAAUUUAGCUUGUAUAUCAGAAAUAUGUAGCGACCCUUGUCCUGGUUCAUGCGGAUUUCAUGCAACUUGUACUGUUGUGAAGCACGUACCAAUUUGUACGUGUGAUCAUGGAUAUACUGGAGAUCCCUUCUCUGGCUGCUCAGUCGUGCCACCAAUUGAACCUCAAGUAGUCAGUCCAUGUUCGUUAUCUCCUUGUGGAGCGAAUGCAGUAUGCAAAGAAAGACACGGCAUUGGGUCAUGUUCAUGUUUGCCUGAUUAUUAUGGCGAUCCUUAUAUUGAAUGCCGACCUGAAUGCGUAUUAAAUUCAGAUUGUCCCAAAGACAAAGCUUGCGCUAAUAACAAAUGUAAAGAUCCAUGCCCAGGAGUCUGUGGCAUGUAUGCAGAAUGUCGCGUCAAUAAUCAUGCUCCAUCGUGCGCAUGUUUACCUGGAUAUGAAGGAAAUCCGUUCACAUCUUGUUACAUAAGGAACAACGAUAUUCCGACUGACCCGUGUUCUCCUUCGCCAUGCGGCCCCUACAGUAUAUGUCGCGUAAGCGAUUCACAUGCGAUAUGCUCAUGCCAAGAACAAUAUUUCGGAUCACCACCAUUUUGCCGUCCAGAAUGUAUGGUCAGCAGUGAAUGUAUGCCAAAUAAAGCGUGUAUUAAUCAAAAAUGCGUAGACCCAUGCAUUGGAGCAUGUGGCAAUAAUGCCAAAUGCACUGUAGUAAAUCACAAUGCUUUAUGCAGUUGCCCGCAAAAUUACAUUGGAGAUCCGUUUGUGCAAUGCACUUUUGAAAAACGACCGGAACCUAGACCUUCUGCCAACCCAUGUGUUCCUUCACCUUGUGGACCAAAUUCGCAAUGUCGCAUAGUAGGAGAAACGCCUGCUUGUUCAUGCCAGCCAGGGUAUAUUGGCAGAGCACCUAAUUGCCGCCCAGAAUGUAUAUAUGACGAAGAAUGUCCAAGCAAUCUUGCAUGUAUACGUGAAAAAUGUGUAAGCCCAUGCGAAGGAUCUUGUGGAUCAAAUGCUGAAUGUGUCGUCAUUAAUCAUAAAGCUGUUUGUCACUGCCGGGAGAGCUAUACUGGUGAUCCAUUUAGUGGUUGUCGUUUUAUUGUGACUAUACCCAAUGACGAAGAUACAAAUCCAUGUAAUCCAUCUCCAUGCGGCCCUAAUUCACUUUGCACAGAAAGAAAUAACGCUGGUGCUUGUACAUGCCAGCCAGGAUAUUUUGGAGAUCCCUACCUUGGCUGCCGCCCUGAAUGCGUAACAAAUAACGAUUGUCCACUAGAUAAAUCGUGUUCAAAUAACAAGUGUAUUAAUCCAUGUCAAGGAGCAUGUGGAAUUAAUGCUCAGUGUACGGUAGCCCAUCAUACACCAGUUUGUUUGUGUAUUGAAGGUUACGAAGGAAAUCCUGCUAGCUCAUGUCAUCCACAGCGACAGCCGUCUCUAGCAGAUGUUAAUCCAUGCGUGCCAUCACCUUGCGGACCUUAUAGUACAUGCAAAGAAAUAAACGGGCAUGGCGUAUGUUCAUGUCAAGAAGGUUAUAGUGGAUCGCCACCUACUUGUAGGCCAGAGUGCGUAAUCAGCACAGAUUGUCCACAACAUCAAGCAUGUAUACGACAGAAAUGUAAAGAUCCAUGUCCUGGAACGUGUGGAGUCAAUGCUAGGUGUCAAACCAUUAACCAUAAUCCGAUAUGCACCUGUAAAGCUGGCUUCACAGGCGAUCCAUUCGUUACAUGUCAUUUAGACAAAAAACCUAUCUCUAUGGGGCCUAAAGGAAAUCCAUGUGUACCUUCACCGUGCGGUCCUUAUUCACAAUGUAAAGUAGUUGGAGAAGCGCCUGCAUGUUCAUGCUUACCAAAUUAUAUAGGUGUUGCACCAAACUGUAGACCAGAAUGUUCUAUCAAUGCAGAGUGUCCUGGUAAUCUUGCAUGCCAAAAUGAAAGAUGUGUAGAUCCAUGUCCGGGUUCUUGUGGUUUCAAUGCUGAAUGUUCUGUAGCAACUCAUGUAGCGUUAUGUAAUUGUAUACCAGGGUAUACAGGUGAUCCAUUUAGCGGAUGCUCAGAAAUAGAACGUGUGUCAGAACCGCCACCAAAUCCUUGCAAUCCAUCACCAUGUGGGGCAAAUGCAUUAUGUAAAGAAAGAAAUGGGAUUGGUUCUUGUACAUGCUUACCAGAAUAUUUCGGAGACCCAUACACGGGAUGUCGACCUGAAUGUGUAUCAAAUUCGGAUUGUGAUCGUAAUAAGGCAUGUUCAAACAAUAGAUGUAAAGAUCCAUGCCCAGGAGCUUGUGGCAUUAAUGCUGAAUGUAGAACUGUUAAUCAUUCACCUAUUUGUACGUGCCUUACUGGUUACAGUGGUAAUCCGCUCGUAAGAUGUGAAGUAGAAAUUAAAGUUGUAAACAUUGAUCCCUGUCAGCCUUCACCUUGCGGACCAAACAGUCUCUGUCGAGUGGUAAAUGGGCAUAGCGUUUGUACUUGUGAUAAUGGAUAUAUUGGGACACCGCCAUCAUGUCGCCCUGAAUGCAUUGUCAGUUCAGAAUGUCCUCAAGACAAAGCCUGCGUUAACAAGAAAUGCAUUGAUCCUUGCCCGAACACUUGUGGCCUUAAUGCUCGUUGCCAAGUCAUAACGCAUAAUCCAAUUUGUAGUUGCACACCAGGAUAUACCGGUGAUCCGUUUACAAGAUGUGAUUUGGAAGGAAAAAUUACCAAUACUACCUGUUCGCCAUCGCCUUGUGGGCCAAAUUCAGAAUGUCGAGUUAUUGGAGAUCAGGCUGCUUGUUCAUGUUUACCUAAUUACAUAGGAAGGGUUCCAAAUUGUAGACCAGAAUGUACUAUAGAUGCUGAAUGUCCUAGCAAUACAGCAUGUAUAAAUGAGAGAUGUAAAAACCCAUGUCAAGGAGCUUGCGGAGUGAAUGCUAUAUGUUUGACAGUUUAUCAUAAACCAGUUUGUAGUUGUCAGGAUAGGUAUACUGGAGAUGCUUACACAAAUUGCAUUGAAAUUGUUAUGCCAGAAUCGGCAGUGACACCAUCAUCUAGUCCAUGUUCUCCAUCCCCUUGUGGACCAAAUGCUGAAUGCCGUGAGCAUAAUGGAGCUGGUGCGUGUGUUUGCUCCGAAGGAUAUGAAGGGGACCCUUACAGUCCUCAAGGUUGCCGUAGGGAAUGUGAAAACAACGAUGAAUGCUCGCCAAACCUAGCAUGUAUAAGAUUUAAAUGUAUUGAUCCAUGCCCAAGAACGUGUGGUCAAAUGGCGCAAUGCAUUGUUGAAAAUCAUGUUCCUAUUUGCACUUGUCCAAGAGGGUAUUCAGGAGAUCCAUUCUUUGAAUGCAAGCGAAUAGUGUUACCACCUGCUCCUCCACAAUCACCAUGCGAACCUACUCCUUGUGGACCAAAUAGUGUAUGCCAACAAAUAAAUAUGCAAGCAGUUUGUUCCUGCCUUCCUAACUACGUAGGAUUACCGCCUUCAUGUAGACCGGAAUGUGUGGUCAAUAGUGAAUGCGACACUUCAAAAGCUUGCAUAAAUCAAAGGUGUGACGAUCCUUGCCCCAAUACUUGUGGAUUACGAGCUCACUGUUUAGUGAGAAACCAUAACCCAAUAUGUACAUGUCCUGGAGGCAUGACAGGAGAUCCAUUCACUCAAUGCUAUCCGAUUGAACCAAUCACAGAACGUCCACCAUCUUGCACACCAUCACCAUGUGGACCUAAUUCCCGAUGUCAAUUAUUAGCUACCGGUCCAGCUUGUUCGUGUUUACCAGGCUAUACAGGAUCACCGCCUGCUUGUAGACCUGAAUGUACUAUCAAUUCAGAAUGUCCCGCAUCAUUAGCGUGUCUUCGCCAGAAAUGUGAAGAUCCAUGUCCAGGAUCAUGCGGUAUUGAUGCCAACUGCCAUGUUCUCAAUCAUGUAGCAGUAUGUGUUUGUAACGAGGGCUACACUGGUGAUCCUUUCACUAGAUGCUUAGCUAUAACUGAAGAUCCGACGACUGCUAUUCCAUCAGAUCCAUGUAAUCCAUCACCUUGUGGUCCGAACGCCCAAUGUGAUAAUGGUUUAUGUACUUGCUUAUUAGACUACACCGGAAACCCAUAUGAAUCAUGCAGGCCUGAAUGUACAGGAAGUCAAGAAUGUCCAAGAGAUAAAGCUUGUUUUAGAAAUAAAUGCCGUGAUCCUUGUCCUGGAGUGUGUGGUCAAAAUACUAAAUGUGAUGUUAUAAACCACAUACCAACAUGUUCAUGCAUCGCAGGCUUUACAGGCAAUCCGUUUAUACAUUGUCAACCUAUAGAAGAUAAACCAGCUCCAAGAAACCCUUGUAAUCCAUCAAUUUGUGGACCAAAUAGUUUAUGCAGACUGACAUCAAAUAAUACAGCAGCCUGUGCUUGCAUUGAAGGCUUCCAGGGAUCUCCUCCAAUGUGUAAACCGGAAUGUGUUGUUAGUUCUGAAUGUCCAUCUACGAAAGCAUGUAUCAACCAAAAAUGCAUUAAUCCGUGUAUCAAUGCUUGUGGGGUCUCAGCAAGAUGUGAAGUGAUCAACCAUAGCCCAAUUUGCAGUUGUAAUCCAGGACAAACUGGAGAUCCAUUUAAGAACUGUUAUGAUGUUGUACAAACACCACCGGAACCAGUGGACAUAUGUAAUCCUUCGCCUUGUGGUCCAAACUCUCUUUGCAUCGAAAGAAACGGAAAACCGAAAUGUAGAUGUGUCGAUAAUUAUAUUGGUCAGCCACCAAAUUGCCGACCAGAGUGUGUAAUUAAUUCAGACUGUCCGUCUAAUCAAGCUUGUGUAAUGAGUAAAUGUAUAGAUCCAUGUCCUGGUUCAUGUGGCAUAAACGCUGAUUGUAUAGUUGUUAGUCACAUGGUCUCGUGUAUUUGUAGAGAAAAAUAUACAGGCAAUCCAUUCUUGCAGUGUAUACCACAUGAAGAAAUUGUAGCACAGCCAUGUGAUCCAUCACCUUGUGGCGCAAACGCAAUCUGUAAUCAAAGAGACGGUGCUGGUUCUUGCUCAUGUUUGGAGGGCUAUCAAGGCAAUCCUUACGAAGGCUGCCGCCCCGAGUGUGUAUUGAGUUCAGAUUGUUCUGCUGACAAAGCUUGUAUAAGAAACAAAUGUGCGAAUCCAUGUCCUGGAAUCUGUGGUGCAAAUGCUGAAUGCUCAGUAAUUAAUCACGUUCCUUCUUGCGCUUGUAUAACUGGUUAUUCUGGAAAUCCUUUCGAGCAAUGUAAGAUAAAUGAAGUAGUAGAACGCAGUAGACCCUGUCAACCAUCGCCUUGUGGUCCUAACAGUAUUUGCAGAGAAAAUGGAGGAUUAGCAUCUUGUGAAUGUCUUCCUGACUACAGAGGUGCUCCUCCGGAUUGUAGACCAGAAUGUACUGUUAGUAGCGAAUGCCCAUCAGAUCGCGCCUGCCAUAGAAUGAAAUGUGCUGAUCCUUGCCGAGGAACUUGUGGUAUUGGUGCUCACUGCCAGGUUAUCAAUCAUAGUCCACUGUGUAGCUGCCCAAUAGGUACCAGCGGUGAUCCAUUUACAAGGUGCUAUGAGUUGCCUGAUACGCCACCUCCAGUGCAAACACAGCCAUGCCAACCUAAUCCUUGCGGACCCUACAGCGAGUGUCGUCCGGUUAAUGGCAAUCCAUCAUGUUCGUGUAGCCCAGGAUACACAGGGAUUCCACCAAAUUGUCACCCUGAAUGUCUUGUAAAUACUGAUUGUCCAUCACAUCAAGCAUGUAUUGCAGAAAAAUGUACUAACCCAUGCGAAGGUUCAUGUGGAUUCAGAGCAGAAUGCCGCGUACAUAAUCACAUACCAUUAUGUAGUUGUCCUACCGGAUAUUCUGGAGAUCCAUUUAUACAGUGUAUGGAAAUAAUAGUUCCUCCACCAUCUUCUACUGACCCAUGUAAUCCAUCACCUUGUGGCAGCAAUGCCAAUUGUGAUGCAGGCGUUUGCACAUGUGCAACUGGAUACUUCGGUGAUCCAUAUGCGGGUUGUCGUCACGAAUGUUCAACUAAUGGGGAAUGUUCGCCAACGCGAGCUUGUCAAGGAGGACACUGCAUUGAUCCAUGUCCAGGGGCUUGCGGAACAGGCGCUCGGUGUACAGUUAACAACCACAUUCCAUCGUGUACCUGUCCAUCUGGUACCUCUGGAGAUCCGUUCUCCUACUGUACAGAAAUAGUCCCGCCUACUGAUGUUCCAGGACGAUCAGCAUGUUCGCCAUCACCGUGUGGUCCUUACAGCGAAUGUACAGUAAGCGCAAAUGGAGCUGCGGCUUGUUCUUGUCGCGCCGGACAUAUUGGCUCACCACCUUCAUGCCGCCCUGAAUGCCUUGUCAGUUCCGAAUGUAAACUGCAGCAAGCCUGUAUUGACCGCCGAUGCCGCGACCCUUGUGAGGGGGCGUGCGGUCGCGGAGCCCAAUGUAAUGUUAUUGCCCAUUCACCAAUUUGUACUUGCAAUGAUGGAUAUACUGGGGAUCCAUUCACUUAUUGUUAUCCGGCACCAGCACUUCCUGAGCAGCCAGUUAAUCCAUGUGAGCCGUCGCCUUGUGGACCAAACUCUAUCUGUGUAAAAUCUGGAGAAACACCGGCAUGUAGCUGUCAGCCUGGAUAUAUUGGAAGCCCACCCAACUGCCGCCCUGAAUGUACUAUAAGCGCAGAAUGCCCAGCCGCCUUUGCUUGCGUCGCAUUACGGUGUAAAAACCCGUGCGAACAGGCCUGCGGCCCGAACGCAAUAUGUUCAGUCGUAGACCAUCGUGCGACUUGUGCAUGCGAACCAGGUCUAGAGGGUGAUCCAUUCCAGGGUUGUUCCCCGCCAAGAGCUCCAUCAAAGGUCGAAUAUCUAAACCCAUGUGAGCCUUCACCUUGUGGUAUAAAUGCAGAAUGUAAAGUGCAAGGAAACGCUGGAUCAUGUACUUGUCUACCGGAUUAUUUUGGUGAUCCGUAUCAAGGAUGUAGACCGGAAUGUUUGGCUGAUUCUGAUUGUUCCUUACAAUUAGCGUGUAUUCGGAACAAAUGUACUGAUCCAUGUCCUGGCGUCUGCGGAUAUAAUGCAGAAUGUUAUGUUAAUAACCACAAACCAACAUGUAAUUGUAGAAUUGGUUUUACUGGAAAUCCGUUUUCAAUUUGCUCAGUCUUACCGGAACGAGACUUGACAGUAAUCAACGUGUGUAGCCCCUCUCCUUGUGGAGCAAAUUCUGUUUGUAAGGAAAUUAAUAAUCAACCAGUGUGCUCAUGUCUUCCGGAGUAUCUGGGAUCACCUCCAAAUUGCAAACCAGAAUGUAUAGUAAAUUCUGAGUGUGAUUCAAAUAGAGCAUGCGUCAAUCAAAGAUGUGUUAACCCUUGCCCUAAACCAUGUGGUCAAAACACGGAGUGUAAAGUUAUAAGGCACAGUCCUGUAUGUUCAUGUCGACCAGGGUAUUCCGGAAAUCCAUUUACAGUAUGCUCGUUAGUAUUCCAAACAUCUCCGGUCAUAGCAGCACCUACAGAUCCUUGUGCACCAUCACCAUGUGGAUUGUAUGCAGAAUGCCGUAAUAAUAAUGGCCUAGCAUCUUGUUCAUGUAUGCCGUCAUAUAUUGGUUCGCCGCCAUAUUGUAAACCAGAAUGCGUUAUACAUUCAGAUUGUACUAGUGACCAAGCGUGUGUAGCAGAGAAAUGUCGGAACCCUUGCGAGGGCUCAUGUGGCCUAUAUGCGAAAUGCUUUGUAAACAAUCAUGUUCCAGUGUGUUUAUGCCCAGAUGGAUUUACAGGAGAUCCUUUCAGUCAGUGCAAACCGCUACCUGUAGAAGAUACACCACUAGCCCCUCUAGAUCCAUGCCAGGCUUGCGGACCAAAUUCUGUGUGCAGAAAUGGAGUUUGUUCAUGCACAGAAGGGUAUCAUGGUGACCCGCAUCUUGGUUGUCGGCCUGAAUGUGUAUACAAUUCGGAUUGUCCUUCUGACAAAGGCUGCCAAAGAAAUAAGUGUGUGGAUCCAUGUGUUGGAACUUGUGGAUUAAAUGCAAAUUGCAUUGUGCGGAACCAUAUACCAAUGUGUACAUGUAUAAAGGGAAUGAGUGGCAACGCAUUCGUGGAAUGUCGACCAUCUAUAGCUGUUGCUGAAAAUCCUUGCAAUCCAUCUCCUUGUGGGCCUAAUAGCCAAUGUCGGCAAUCGAAUGGGCAAGCAGUUUGUUCAUGUGUACCUGGCUAUAUUGGAAACCCGCCAACCUGUAGGCCUGAAUGUAUUGUCAGUCUGGAAUGUUCAUUAAAAGAAGCAUGUAAUAAUCAGAAGUGUGUAAAUCCCUGUAUUGGUGCUUGUGGUCCUGGAGCGGUAUGUGAUGUCAUUAAUCACAAUCCAAUAUGUACAUGCCCUCCAAUGUUUACUGGAGAUCCAUUCAUAAGAUGUACUUAUAUGGAAAAAGAGAAACCAAAAAUAAAUCCUUGUGAACCAUCACCAUGUGGACCCAAUUCAAUAUGUAAAAUAAAUGGAGAUGGACCUCUAUGUGCUUGUCUUUCUAAUUAUAAAGGAUCCCCGCCAAAUUGUCGGCCAGAAUGUAUAAGUAACAGUGAAUGUGAUUUUAACUUGGCAUGUUUAAACAACAAAUGUUCUGAUCCGUGUGCAGGUACUUGUGGGUCUAAUGCAGAAUGCAAAGUAGUAAGUCACGCGCCGCUCUGCAUUUGCCAAGUCGGCUAUACUGGUGAUCCAUUUUCUUACUGCCAUCCACAAGUAAUGAAUGAGCCAACAGAAGUAUUAACACCAUGCAAUCCUACGCCAUGCGGCAACAAUGCUAUUUGUAAAGAACAGAACGGUGUUGGUGCCUGCCAAUGUCUUCCAGAAUAUUUAGGAAAUCCUUAUGAAGGAUGCCGACCAGAAUGCGUUGUAAACUCUGACUGUCCAUUGAACAAAGCCUGUUCGAGAAUGAAGUGUGUGGAUCCAUGCCCAGGCACUUGUGGGUCUAAUGCAUUAUGUCAAGUAAAUAAUCAUAUGCCUACAUGCACAUGUCAGCCCGGUUACACAGGAAAUCCUUUCAGCUAUUGCAGUAUUCUUCAAGAACCACAAGUUGUUGAAACCAAUCCUUGCAGUCCUUCACCGUGUGGAGCUAACAGUCAAUGCAAAGAAAUCAAUAGGCAAGCUGUGUGUUCAUGCCUUCCAAGUUUCAUUGGUGAACCACCUAACUGUCGACCGGAAUGCGUAGUCAGUUCUGAAUGCCCAUCAAAUUUAGCUUGUGUCAAUCAAAAAUGCAAAAAUCCGUGUGUGGGCACUUGUGGAGAAAAUGCAAAUUGUAACGUCAUCAAUCAUAGUCCAAUCUGUGUUUGUAAACAAGGUCUAACUGGCAACCCAUUUACAAGAUGUUAUCCGAUGUUGAUUACAAAACCUCAGCUCUCGCCUGUGGACCCAUGUGUUCCAUCUCCGUGUGGUUUAUACUCAGAAUGUAGAAAUGUACAGAAUUCUGCAUCGUGUGCAUGCAAAACAAAUUACAUAGGCAAUCCACCCAAUUGCCGACCUGAAUGUACGAUCAAUUCGGAAUGCCCUAGCAAUCAAGCAUGUAUAAACGAAAGAUGUCAAGAUCCAUGUCCAGGAGCAUGUGGCCUCAAUGCCCAGUGUACAGUAUUUAAUCACAUAGCCCAAUGUGCUUGUUUGGACCAAUACACAGGGGAUCCAUUUUCAAGAUGCAUUUUGGCACCAGAACAAGAUGAAAUGAACAUUGAUCCUUGUAAUCCAAGUCCAUGUGGACCAAAUGCUCAAUGUAACAACGGAGAAUGCACCUGUUUGCCCGAGUAUCAAGGUGAUCCUUAUUUCGGCUGUAGACCCGAAUGUUUGAUGAGUGCAGAUUGUCCACAGAACAAAGCAUGCUUGAAAAAUAAAUGUGUAGAUCCUUGCAUAGGCACAUGUGGUGUGGCUGCUUUAUGUAAUGUGUAUAAUCAUGUUCCUAUGUGCACAUGCCCUAAUGGUUAUUCUGGCAAUGCAUUCCUGGAAUGUAGAAAAAUUACAGUAGUAGAAAUAUUAAAUCCAUGCAGUCCAUCACCAUGUGGACCAAACAGUCAGUGCCGUGAAGUAAAUGGUCAAGCAAUAUGCUCUUGCCUAUCGGGAUACAUAGGAGCUCCACCCACUUGCAGACCGGAAUGUGUUUCAAGCGCAGAGUGUGCAUUAAAUAAAGCUUGUUCAAAUCAACGCUGCGUAAACCCAUGUCAAGGAAAUUGUGGUAUUAACGCUCAAUGUCAAGUGAUCAAUCAUAAUCCUAUAUGUUCUUGUCGUCCAGGAUUUACGGGAGAUCCAUUCAGCAGAUGUAUAAUCGAUGAUAUUCAACCUUCUAACCAGGAAACUCCAUGCAAGCCUAAUCCAUGUGGUCCUAACUCAGUAUGUAAAGAAAUAGGCGAAUCUCCAUCUUGCACAUGCCUUCCAGAAUUUUUAGGUAUUCCUCCUGAGUGCCGACCGGAAUGUAUAGCAAAUUCAGAGUGCCCAGACACAAUGGCUUGUAUAAAUAGUAAAUGUAAAGACCCAUGUCCUGGUUCGUGUGGGACAGGUGCUGAAUGUAGAGUAAUUAGUCACACGCCACAAUGUUUAUGCCCACCUGGAUACACGGGAGAUGCUUUUAUAAGAUGUAGCAUUUUAGACGUGAUCCUUAGACCUUGCUCACCAUCACCAUGCGGACCUAAUGCAGUAUGUAAAGAAUCACGAGGAGCUGGAGCUUGUAUUUGCCUGCCUGAUUAUACUGGCAAUCCUUAUGAGGGCUGUCGUCCCGAGUGCGUAGUAAACUCUGAUUGUGCAACCAAUUUGGCUUGUAUUCAAAAUAAAUGUCAAAGCCCAUGUAGUAAUAAUUGUGGGCCUAAUGCUGUUUGCGAUGUGGUAAACCAUGCUCCAAAAUGUUCAUGCUUACCAGGAUAUACAGGAAAUCCUUAUCAAAGCUGUUACGAAAGGAUACGAGAUGAGCCAGUAAUUCAAGGAAAUCCAUGUGUUCCGUCGCCAUGUGGCCCUAACAGCAUUUGCAAAGAAUCCAAUGGGCAAGCAGUAUGCACAUGUCAGCCUGAAUUUAUAGGGACACCGCCGGCUUGUAGACCUGAAUGUAUUGUAAGUUCGGAAUGUAAUCAACAAGAAGCAUGUAUACGUAAGAAAUGUAAGAACCCCUGCAUAGGAGUAUGCGGACAGAAUACAGACUGUAAAGUUAUAAACCACAGUCCUAUAUGUUCAUGUCGAUCACAAUAUACUGGAGAUCCGCUAAGCAACUGCUAUUUACUACCAGUUGCAGUAACUGUAGCGGUUCCAAAAGACCCAUGUUUGCCGUCACCUUGUGGACCGUUUUCACAAUGUCGAGAUAUUGGCGGAUCGCCUUCAUGUACGUGUUUACCACAAUACCAAGGCAGUCCCCCGAACUGUCGACCAGAAUGCACUAUUAACACGGACUGCCCUAGUGAUAAAGCUUGCAUAAAUGAACGGUGUAUUGACCCAUGUCCAGGAUCUUGUGGUAUUUACGCAAAUUGUAGAGUACAAAGUCACAUCUCUAUAUGCACCUGUUUUGAAGGUUACACUGGUGAUCCAUUUGACAGAUGUACAUUAAAGGUUCAAACAGACCUUUUGCCCUUGGAUCCAUGCAAUCCAUCUCCAUGUGGAUCAAACGCAGUCUGUCAGGAUGGGAUCUGCACAUGUUUGCCCGAAUUUAACGGUGACCCGUAUUUUGGAUGCCGCCCUGAGUGCACAAUGAGCUCUGAAUGUCCAAUGGACAAAACAUGUGUGAAAAACCGGUGCGUUAAUCCAUGUAUCAACACCUGUGGCAGAGAUGCUUUGUGUCAAGUGGUGAAUCACAUGGCAGUAUGCACGUGCCCUCCAAACACAAAAGGGAAUGCUUUUAUUCAAUGUGAUUUUGUACCGGUUGUUGGUCCAAGCAACCCUUGCCAACAGAGUCCUUGUGGUCCAAAUAGCCAGUGUAGGGAAUACAACAACCAGGCAGUCUGUUCAUGUCUGUCCGGAUACCGCGGCGCCCCUCCUGCUUGUCGACCAGAAUGUGUGGCCAGCUCCGAUUGUCCCCUUGACAAAGCGUGCAGCAAUCAGAAAUGUAUUAAUCCAUGUAAAGGAACUUGUGGUGUAGGUGCCUUAUGCCAAGUGAUCAAGCAUAAUCCUCUUUGUACAUGUCCAUCAGGCAUGUCAGGAGACCCAUUCACGAGAUGUAUUUCAAUCCCUCUAAAUAUUCCGUCAAUACCAGCCAAUCCAUGUCAACCAUCACCUUGUGGACCGAACUCGAUAUGCCAACCAAGUGGUGGUGAGAUACCAUCAUGUCAAUGUAUGGCGGAAUUUAUUGGCGCUCCACCAAAUUGUCGGCCAGAAUGUGUUGCUAAUAGUGAAUGUCCACCCCAGAUGGCAUGUAUAAAUAAAAAAUGCCAAAAUCCUUGCGUACAGGCCUGUGGUACAAAUGCAGAAUGUCGGGUUGUCAGUCACACGCCGAUCUGUAUAUGCCCUGACGGUUUUACUGGUGACGCUGCAGUACAAUGUAUUACAAGUACCAUUGUAUUUAAUGAUCAAAUUUCACCGUGCACACCAUCACCCUGUGGACCGAACGCAGAGUGUGAAGAAAGAGCUGGAGCUGGAGCGUGCUUGUGUGUGAAAGGUUACUUUGGGAAUCCAUAUGAAGGUUGCCAUCCUGAAUGUUUGGUUAAUUCAGAUUGUUCGAGUAACAAAGCAUGUACUAGAAAUAAGUGCAUUGAUCCUUGUCCUGGCACUUGUGCGUCUAACGCGGACUGUGUGGUAGUCAAUCAUGCGCCAAUGUGCACAUGUCCAAAUGGUUACACUGGAGAUCCAUUCAGACAAUGUAUCAGAAAACCGCUAGAGAUUGAAAAUACAAAUCCAUGUCAGCCUUCACCAUGUGGUCCUAACAGCCAAUGCCGAAUUUCAAAUGGACAAAGCGUUUGCUCUUGUUUACCCGAAUAUAGAGGUUCACCUCCAAAUUGUAGACCUGAAUGUGUUGUGAGUACAGAGUGUUCAUCGGAUAAAACCUGCAGGAAUCAAAAAUGUGUCUCGCCAUGCCCUGGGCCAUGCGGAGAAAAUGCUGACUGUAGAGUAAUUAAUCAUAGCCCUAUAUGUACAUGUCAAGCAAGAUUUACAGGAGAUCCGUUCUCAAGAUGUUAUAUUAUGAGAGCUCCUGCUGUUACACCUACAAUUGAAAGAGACCCAUGCGCACCAUCACCUUGUGGACCUAAUUCUAUUUGUCAAAAUCUUAAUGGAAUCCCAUCAUGCACAUGUCAACCAAAUUAUGAGGGCAGCCCGCCGAAUUGUCGACCAGAAUGUACGAUUAACGAAGACUGCGCGAGCAAUUUAGCUUGCAUCAAUCAAAAAUGCAAAGACCCAUGCCCCGGAUCAUGUGGAGUAAACGCUGAGUGCCAAGUUAUAAAACAUUUAGCAAUAUGUACUUGCCUCAACGGUUUUACUGGAAACUCAUUUACACAGUGUACUCCUGUACCUGUUAUAGAAAAUGAUGAUCCCUUUAAUCCGUCGCCAUGUGGAGCUAAUGCAAAUUGUCAUAAAGGCCAGUGCAGUUGUGUUCCCGAAUUCCAAGGCGAUCCUUACUUAGAGUGCCGUCCGGAGUGUGUUCAAAGUACAGAUUGUGAUCGGGAUAAGGCUUGCAUUAAUAAUAAAUGUAAAAAUCCAUGCCCAGGCACAUGUGCCCCCAAUGCUUUGUGUAACGUAGUAAACCACAUACCGAUGUGCAGCUGUCCAGAACGUAUGACCGGGAAUGCAUUCUUGGAGUGCAGGCCGAUAUUGGAAUUACCUCCAGCGCAUCCCUGUCAGCCUUCGCCAUGUGGACCGAAUAGUCAAUGCAAAAAAAUAAAUGGUCAAGCGGUGUGUUCCUGUGCCCCCAAUAACAUUGGUACUCCGCCAAACUGUCGCCCGGAGUGUACGAUCAGCGCAGAGUGUCCUCUAAGCGAAGCUUGCAGUAACCAACGCUGUGUCAAUCCUUGUGUUGGUACAUGCGGAGUGAACGCAGAGUGUAAAGUUGUUAACCACAAUCCUAUAUGCUCUUGUCCCACGUCGUAUUCAGGAGAUCCAUUUUCACGCUGUUUCAAACUUCCUGAAUUCUUACCGGAACCUGUAAAUCCUUGUACACCUUCGCCAUGUGGGCCUAACUCUCAGUGUAGAGAAGUCAAUGGAGCUCCAGCUUGUACAUGUCUAGAAGGAUAUCACGGUCAACCACCUCUAUGUCGACCGGAAUGUUCCAGCAAUGAAGAGUGCUCGUUACAUCUAUCUUGUGUAAAUCAAAAAUGCAAAAAUCCGUGUGAAGGCGCAUGUGCAGUAAAUGCUGAGUGCCGAGUUGUUAGUCAUUCACCGAUAUGUUUAUGCCCACAAGGUAUGACUGGGGAUCCAUUCUUUGGAUGUAGUCAAGAACCGAUUCAUACAGAAAUUGUUACUAGUCCUUGUUCACCUUCUCCUUGUGGUGUAAAUGCUGAAUGUAAAGAAAGACAAAAUGCUGGUUCCUGCACUUGUAUUGAAGGAUAUAUUGGAAACCCAUAUGAAGGUUGUCGGCCAGAAUGCGUGGUUAAUACGGACUGCCCUUCAAACCGAGCAUGUCUGAAUAAUAAAUGCGUUGACCCAUGCCCUGGAAGCUGUGGCAGUAAUGCUAUUUGUCAAGUUGUUAGUCAUGCACCUUUGUGUACAUGCAUACAGGGUUACACAGGCGAUCCAUUUAAAUAUUGUUUAUAUCAAGAGUACUCGCCACCCUCUGCUCCAGCUGACGCAUGCUACCCAUCACCCUGCGGCCCUAAUAGCCAAUGCAGAAGCGUUAACGGACAAGCGGUCUGUUCGUGCUUAUUGGGAUAUAUGGGAUCUCCACCUAAUUGUCGGCCUGAAUGUAUAAUUAAUUCUGAAUGUCCGCUUGAAAAGGCAUGCGUUAACCAAAAGUGUAUUAACCCAUGCCCAAAGCCUUGCGGGUUAAACGCGAAUUGUAAAGUAAUAAAUCACAGUCCUAUAUGUUCAUGUCAGGCAUUGUAUACUGGAGAUCCUUUCACUAUUUGUAAUCUGAUCAAAGUUGAGUCACCACCAGUUGUCACAGAUCCAUGUAUACCAUCACCGUGUGGCCCCAAUGCGGAAUGUAGAAACAUAGGAAAUACACCAUCUUGUUCGUGCCUUCCCAAAUUUAUUGGCAGCCCACCUAACUGCAGGCCAGAAUGUACCAUUCAUGCGGAUUGCUCAAGCGAUCGUGCAUGCAUAAAUAUGAAAUGUCAAGAUCCGUGUCCAGGAUCGUGUGGAAUCUCGGCGUCUUGCAAUGUACUUAAUCAUAUUCCAAUCUGUUCCUGUAUUGAAGGAUAUGUGGGUGAUCCAUUUUCUGUUUGUCAACCACAACCAUUACAAGUGGAACCAACAGUCGUAGAUGCUUGUACAAACAUUCGAUGUGGUCCUAAUGCCGAAUGUAUAAACGGGCAAUGUCAAUGUUUACCAGAAUACCAAGGGGAUCCAUACUUUGAUUGCCGUCCUGAAUGUGUGUUUAGUACAGAUUGUUCUUCAGACAAAGCCUGUGUUCAAAGAAAAUGUGUUGACCCUUGUAUUGGUGCAUGUGGACAAAAUGCACUAUGUCAAGUAGUUAACCAUAUUCCAAUGUGCAGUUGUCAAACUGGAUUUACUGGAAAUGCCUUCGUUGUAUGCAAUCCAAUUAGAGCUCCGGCACCAGAACACCCAUGUAGCACUGCGGUUUGUGGACCCAACAGUCAAUGCAGGGAAAUAAAUAAUCAGGCUGUAUGUUCUUGUCUACCAACUUAUUUGGGUAUUCCACCAGCUUGUCGACCUGAAUGCGUAGUUAGCGCAGAGUGUCCACAAAACCAAGCCUGCGCAAAUCAAAAGUGUAUUAACCCAUGUAUUGGAGCAUGUGGUUUAAGAGCCGUAUGUGAAGUCAUAAAUCAUAAUCCAGUUUGUGCUUGCCCACCAACCCAUUCUGGAGAUCCAUUUGUUGAAUGCACAUUUACACCAAAUUCUCCUGCUAUCAUAAUAAACCCCUGUCAACCAUCUCCAUGUGGACCAAAUUCAAUAUGUCAAGAAAUAAACGGAUCGCCUUCUUGUACUUGCAUGGAAGAAUUCCGCGGACAACCACCUUACUGUAAACCAGAAUGUGUCAGUAAUAGUGAAUGUGCUGCACACUUAGCUUGUGUAAACCAAAAAUGUAAAGAUCCGUGCGUACAGGCUUGUGGAGUUAAUGCUGAAUGCCGCGUUGUAAGCCAUUCUGCUAUGUGUGUAUGUCCGGAAGGAUACAGAGGCGAUCCGUUCAGUCAAUGUUUGCUACAAACACCUGUUGAAAUUCUAACACCGUGCACACCUUCUCCUUGCGGACCUAACGCAGUGUGUAGAGAACAAAAUAAAGUAGGGUCUUGCAUGUGCAAUAAAGGAUAUUUUGGAAAUCCAUACGAAGGAUGUCGCCCUGAAUGUGUAGGUGACUCAGACUGUCCUGGAAAUAGGGCGUGUAUUAGUAAUAAAUGUCAGGACCCAUGCCCUGGAACUUGUGGAGUCAAUGCUGAAUGUAUAACUAUAAAUCAUUCUCCUAAAUGUAGUUGUUUGGUCGGUUACACUGGCGAUCCAUUUAGGCGCUGUAAUAAUAUACCUCCUCAAAACACGCCUGUCAAUCUAUGUUUCCCGAGUCCAUGUGGGCCCAAUAGUCAAUGCCGUGAAGUUAACGGGCAAGCGGUCUGCAGUUGCUUACCUAAUUACAAUGGAAAUCCUCCAUUAUGCAAACCUGAAUGUACAGUAAAUUCUGAUUGCGCAUCUGAUAAAGCCUGUAGAAAUCAAAAAUGUGUGAAACCAUGUCCCGGUCCCUGUGGACAGAAUGCAGAAUGCCGAGUGCAUAACCAUAAUGCAAUUUGUAGUUGCCGAUCUGGGUUUACAGGAGAUCCAUUUUCAAGAUGUUAUCCCAAACCAGCCGUCCAACCGCAACUUGAUGAAACGAGAGACCCUUGUGUUCCUUCUCCGUGUGGAUCAAAUGCUCAAUGUCGUGUACUGAAUGGUCAAGCUUCAUGCUCAUGUUUAGCUGGAUACUUUGGAAGUCCACCUAACUGUCGACCAGAAUGUGUUACGAAUCAAGACUGUGUCAGCUCUCUGGCAUGCAUCAACGAGAAAUGUCAAGAUCCUUGCCCUGGUGCAUGCGGUCCAAAUGCACAAUGUACAGUUCUCAAACACAUUUCGAUUUGCACUUGCAAUGAUGGCUACAAAGGAGAUCCAUUCAUCGGAUGUGUACUAGCUCCAAUUCAAGAUAUUCCUGUAGACCUUUGUAAUCCUUCUCCAUGUGGAUCGAAUGCACAAUGUAGCAAUGGGGAGUGUACUUGUUUACCGGAAUACCACGGUGACCCAUAUGUGGCUUGUCGCCCCGAGUGUACCGUAAGCUCUGAUUGCCAAAGACAUCAGAUCUGUGUUCGAAUGAAAUGCGUCAAUCCAUGCCCAGACACCUGUGGUGCUAAUGCACUUUGCGAAGUCGUCAAUCAUAUUCCUAUGUGUAGUUGCCCAGCCGGUUACACUGGCAAUUCAUUCGUCGCAUGUAAUGUUGUACCAGCCCCAUUACCAUCGAAUCCAUGCAAUCCAUCACCAUGCGGACCAAACAGUCAGUGUCGCGAAAUAAACAAUGUUGCCGUUUGUUCAUGUAUACCUGGUUACUCCGGCAAUCCACCUUCUUGUAGACCUGAAUGCACCACAAGCGCAGAAUGUCCAUUGAAUAAGGCUUGUAAUAACUAUAAAUGCAUUGAUCCAUGCAAAGGUACUUGUGGUAUCAAUGCUCUCUGUGAAGUUGUUAAUCACAAUCCAAUUUGUUCUUGUCCUAAAGGAAUGAUUGGCGAUCCAUUUACUAGGUGCACUUCAAAACCACUUCAAAUCCCAGAACAAAUAAACCCAUGUGUUCCUUCACCGUGUGGACCAAAUUCGGUUUGUCAGACAAUAAACGAAUUGCCUUCAUGUUCAUGUUUGCCUGAAUUCAUUGGUGCUCCACCAAAUUGCCGCCCCGAAUGUUCAAGUAAUAGCGAAUGUUCUACUCAUUUAGCUUGUAUAAGAAACAAAUGUGCAGAUCCAUGUAUCGGUGCAUGUGGUGCAAUGGCAUUAUGUCGUGUAACCAGCCACACUCCCAACUGUGUAUGUCCAACGGGAUACUUUGGAGAUCCCUUUAUACAGUGCAAAGUUCAACCAAUCGACAUACCUCCAGAAAGGUUAACGCCAUGUACACCAUCACCGUGUGGUAGUAACGCUAUCUGUAGAGAGAAAAACAAUGUCGGAUCUUGCAUGUGUUCUACUGGUUAUUUCGGUAAUCCUUACGAAGGAUGUCGUCCAGAAUGUACGGUUAAUACAGAUUGCCCAUCUAAUAAAGUAUGCCAACAAAAUAAAUGUCAAGAUCCAUGCGAAGGAACAUGUGGAAAUAACGCUCAGUGUCAAACAAUAAACCAUGUACCAAUGUGCACAUGUAUUCCCGGAUACACCGGAAAUCCGUUCCAAAGAUGUUACGUACAAGCACUUGAAACUCCUACCAAUCCAUGUGUACCAUCACCAUGUGGUCCUAAUAGUGUUUGUAAAGUGGUAAACGAGCAACCAGUAUGCAGUUGUUCACCCAAUUAUCAUGGCGCUCCACCAAACUGUAGACCGGAAUGUGUUAUUAGUGCUGAAUGUUCUGCAAACAGGGCAUGUGAAAAUCAGAAAUGUAUAGAUCCAUGUAUUGGCCGUUGUGGACAAAAUGCCGAAUGCCACGUAAUUAAUCACAGUCCAAUUUGUUCUUGCAUGGAAAGAUAUACGGGUGAUCCCUUCAGUCGUUGUUACCCACUUAUAAACAGUGCAUCUGUUAUUGCGGAACCUCCAAGGAAUCCAUGUUUACCAUCACCUUGCGGACCAUUUAGCGAAUGUCGUGAUAUCGGAAAUAUUCCUUCUUGCACUUGUUUGCCGAAUUAUAUUGGGGCUCCACCGGCAUGUCGCCCUGAGUGCACAAUAAAUAGCGAUUGUCCGAGCUACUUGUCUUGCAUAAAUCAAAAAUGUAAAGAUCCUUGUCCGGGCUCAUGUGGAUUGAAUGCAGAAUGCACAGUGAAUAAAAACACUCCAAUUUGUUCUUGUAUCCAGAAUUACGUAGGAGACGCCUUUACAGAAUGUAAAUUACAAGAAGUAACAAAUGACGAAAUCGACCCAUGCAACCCUUCACCAUGCGGACCAAAUGCAGUAUGUAACAAUGGUGAUUGUACAUGUCUGCCUGAAUAUCAAGGCGAUCCAUAUUUCGAGUGUCGGCCUGAAUGUGUGCUCAGCUCUGACUGUCCACAGGAUAAGGCAUGCCUCAGAAAUAAAUGUGUUAAUCCUUGUAGUAAUGGAGUUUGCGCCACUAACGCAAUAUGCGAAGUAAUCAAUCACGUGCCUAUGUGCAGAUGUCCCGAACGUAUGACUGGAAACGCAUUCGUUCAAUGUUCUCCAAUGGAAGUUGAAAGGCCACAACCAUGUCAACCUAGCCCAUGCGGACCUAACAGUCAAUGUCGUGAAAUUAAUGGACAAGCAGUGUGUUCCUGUUUAGUAGGAUUUAUUGGAAGUCCACCGUCUUGCCGACCGGAAUGUAUAGUGAGCACAGAUUGCUCUCCUGCAGAAGCUUGUAGCAAUAGAAAAUGUAUAAAUCCUUGUCAAGGAGCUUGCGGAGUAGCAGCUCAAUGUCAAGUUAUAAAUCACAAUCCGAUUUGUUCUUGUCCAUCGACAUUCACCGGAAACCCCUUCGUUAGAUGUUUCGUACAAGAGUAUAAACCUGAACCUGUGUUCCCAUGCACGCCGUCACCAUGUGGGCCUAAUGCGAUAUGCAAAGAAAUUUCUAGCAAUCCUUCAUGUUCUUGCAUGGACGGCUAUUUCGGCUCGCCUCCUUAUUGUAAACCUGAGUGUAUAAGUAAUUCAGAGUGUCCAUCUAAUCGCGCAUGUAUCAAUGAAAAAUGUAGUGAUCCUUGUAAUGGAGCGUGUGGACUUUACACCGAGUGUCAUGUUAUAAGUCAUUCUCCUUCUUGUUCCUGUAUGAAUGAUUACACUGGAAAUCCUUUCAUUGAAUGUUAUAGACUAGAGCCUCUACAAGAUAUCGCUACUCCGUGUCAGCCAUCUCCCUGUGGUGCUAACGCUAUUUGCAAAGAAUUUAAUGGAGCUGGCUCUUGCACCUGUUUACCAGAAUUCUUUGGUAACCCAUACGAAGGUUGUAGACCAGAGUGUGUAAUUAACACCGACUGCCCAUUAGAUAGAGCUUGUAUACAGAGCAAAUGUCAGAAUCCGUGCCCAGGUGCCUGUGCGCCAAAUGCAUUAUGCCAAGUUGUAAAUCAUGCGCCAUCUUGUUCAUGUAAUCGUGGAUUUACUGGUGAUCCGUUCCGGUAUUGUGUUGCUGAAGUAGUAGUAGAAACUCCAAUUGAUGUUUGCCGACCAUCUCCAUGCGGUCCUAACAGUAGAUGUCAGGAAGUAAACAAACAAGCAGUGUGCUCUUGUCUACCAGACUACAUAGGAACUCCACCUGGAUGUCGACCAGAAUGCACUAUAAGUACUGAAUGCCCGAGAGACAAAGCUUGCAUCAAUCAGAAAUGCGUUAACCCCUGCAUUGACGCAUGCGGACUCAACACAGACUGCCGAGUUAUUAACCACAGUCCAAUUUGCCAAUGUAGACAACAAUAUACUGGUGAUCCAUUUACUAGAUGCAACCCUAUACAACCAUCAGCUCCUCAUCCUGACCUAGAGCCAUAUAGAAAUCCAUGCGUGCCGUCACCUUGCGGUCCUAACUCAAUUUGCAAAGAAAUUGGAAACAUACCGUCUUGUACAUGCAUGGCUGAUUACUUUGGAAGCCCACCAAACUGCAGACCGCAGUGCACGAUAAAUUCAGAAUGUCCAACGUCGCAAGCAUGUAUUCAACAAAAAUGUCGAGACCCGUGUCCUGGCUCUUGUGGUAUAAGCGCAUUGUGCACAGUAUCUCGCCAUGUACCAAUUUGCACAUGUCCACAAGGUUACAUGGGUGAUGCUUUUACAGCUUGUAUACCAAAACCAUUAGAAGAAGAAAUUCCGGACAAAUGCAACCCAUCACCGUGUGGGCCAAAUGCUGUAUGCAAUAACGGAGUAUGUACUUGCAUAGAAGAACACCUAGGUGAUCCAUACGUAGGCUGUCGACCUGAAUGUGUUUUGAGUUCGGAUUGUUCUCGAGAUAAAGCUUGCGUCAAAAAUAAGUGUGUCGAUCCCUGCAGAGGAACAUGUGCUUCUAACGCCAUUUGUGACGUGAUAAACCAUGUACCCAUGUGUAGUUGCCCACAAGGCAUGACAGGAAACGCGUUCUAUAACUGUGAGCCAAUAAGAGUACCAACACAAACAAAUCCCUGUCUCCCAUCCCCUUGCGGACCGAACAGUCAAUGCAGAGAAGUGAGUGGUCAAGCGGUUUGUACUUGCGUUCCUGGAUAUAGAGGAAGUCCUCCGUUAUGUCGGCCAGAAUGUAUCGUAAGCUCCGACUGUCCACUUAACAGAGCCUGUAGUAAUCAAAAAUGCAUUGAUCCAUGUACGGGGUCAUGCGGCGUCAAAGCGGAAUGUAACGUUAUUAAACACAACCCCAUAUGUAUUUGUCCACCCCAAUAUACGGGCGAUCCAUUUGUUAGGUGCACACCAUUCCAACCAGCCGUAGCUGACACUACGCCAUGCACGCCUUCACCAUGUGGUCCAAAUUCAAUUUGUAAAGAUGUUUCUGGAUCACCAUCGUGUACGUGUAUGCCAAACUUCUUCGGCGGUCCUCCAUACUGUAGACCAGAAUGUUCUAGUAACAGUGAAUGCCCAACUAAUCAAGCUUGCAUAAAUCAAAGAUGUAAAGACCCAUGCAUAAAUGCUUGUGGAACAAAUGCAAGAUGCAGCGUAAUUAGUCAUUCUCCAACAUGUUUCUGCGAAAAUGGUUUUAUCGGGGAUCCCUUCUCUAAUUGUUAUUUACAACAAAAUCUAAUACCAGAGAGACCGACACCUUGUCAACCUUCCCCUUGUGGACCGAAUGCUGUUUGUAAAGAACAAAAUACUGCUGGUUCCUGUUCUUGUUUGCCAGAUUAUAUAGGCAAUCCUUACGAAGGGUGCCGACCUGAGUGUACCGUCAACACAGAUUGUGCGCCAAACAAAGCCUGUAUUCGUAACAAAUGCCAAGAUCCAUGCCCCGGUACUUGCGGUCCCAUUGCUACAUGUGCAGUAGUCAACCACUUACCUGUCUGCACGUGCCCAACUGGAUACAGAGGUGAUCCAUACCAACAAUGUGUUAUAGAAAGAGAACCAGUAGCACCACCUACACCCUGCACACCCAAUCCAUGUGGACCAAACAGCAUCUGUCGCCCAGUAAAUGGCCAAAGUGUAUGCUCUUGCAUGCCUGAUUAUAUCGGUUCCCCACCAGGUUGCAGGCCAGAAUGUACUGUUAGUUCUGAAUGUCCACCAGAAAAGGCAUGUGUGAAUAAGAAAUGUGUCGACCCUUGCCCUGGCCAUUGUGGAUUGAACACAAAUUGUAGAGUCAUCAAUCACAGUCCCAUAUGCUCUUGCAACUUGGAUUACAUUGGAGAUCCAUUUACUCGCUGUUAUUUACGCCCUCCUGUACAACAAGUAGAGCCGAUCAGAAAUCCAUGCUUGCCAAAUCCAUGCGGUGAUAAUGCAAUAUGCCGGGAUGUCAAUGGCAGCCCAUCGUGCACUUGCAUGCCGAAUUAUCAAGGGCUACCACCAAAUUGUCGCCCCGAAUGCGCAAUAAAUCAAGAUUGUCCAUCGGAUAAGGCUUGUAUCAAUCAAAAAUGCCGUGAUCCAUGUCCCGGAAGUUGCGGCCAAAAUGCUAUCUGCACAGUCUUCAACCAUAACCCUGCAUGUUCAUGUUCUCAAGGCUAUACCGGUGACCCGUUCUCAUACUGUGUUAUUAAUCAACCUUUGGAAGUUGAAUUGCCUAAAGAUCCUUGUAAUCCAUCACCAUGUGGAUUUAAUACGAACUGUAGAGACGGCAUAUGCACUUGCCUUGACCAAUAUCAAGGAGAUCCUUAUGUGGGCUGCAAACCAGAAUGCGUUGUUAAUACGGACUGUUCUGUGGAUAUGGUUUGUAUUCGAAAUAAAUGUACGAACCCAUGCCCAGGGACAUGUGCUCCCAGUGCGCAAUGUACCGUGUACAACCAUAUUCCUAUUUGCACAUGUCCAGAAGGAACAUCAGGAAAUGCUUUCAUUGAAUGUCAUAGAGUGGAAAUUGUAAACGUCAAUCCUUGCAAUCCAAGUCCGUGUGGUCCGAACAGUCAAUGUAGAGAAAUAAACAAUCAAGCAGUAUGUUCCUGUCUUCCAAGCUUCAUUGGUAGCCCACCAUCUUGCCGACCAGAGUGCACAAUAAGUGCCGAAUGUCCGUCCAACGAAGCUUGCAACAACCAUAAGUGCAUCAACCCAUGUUUGGGCACCUGUGGAUAUGGAGCAAGAUGUGAGGUUGUCAAUCACAACCCUAUAUGUUCUUGCCCCAACGGCAAUACGGGAGAUCCAUUCUCACGAUGCAUUCCCAUAGUCGCUGAACCUACACCGCCAGUUGACCCAUGCACGCCAUCACCUUGUGGACCGUUCUCAAUAUGCAAAGUGAUAGGAGAAUCACCAUCAUGCACUUGUCAAUCUGAUUAUAUUGGAGCUCCUCCAAAUUGCCGGCCAGAAUGCAUCAGUAAUUCUGAAUGCUCCAGCAACACCGCAUGCGUCAAUCAGAAAUGUAGAGACCCGUGCCCAGGAAGCUGUGGUUACAACGCAGACUGUAAAGUCAUUAGCCACGCAUUAGUUUGCACUUGUCCUUAUGGCCAAACUGGAGAUCCUUUAGUUUCAUGCAAUCCAAUUAGAGAUGUACAAAUAGAAUAUAGUUCACCGUGUGAACCUUCACCCUGUGGCAUUAAUGCUGAAUGCACAGAAAGAAACGGAGCUGGAGCAUGUAGAUGUAUUGAAUCCUACGUUGGCAACCCGUAUGAGGGUUGUCGACCAGAGUGUGUUAUUAAUACGGAUUGUCCACCAAUGCAAGCUUGCAUUCAAAACAAGUGCAAAGACCCUUGUCCCGGCGUAUGUGCAUCAAAUGCAAUAUGUCAAGUAGUAAACCAUUUGCCAUCUUGCUAUUGUCCGCCAGGUUUUACGGGUAAUGCAUACACCUAUUGCAUUGAAAAAGUUGAAGAUUUUACGAAACCAACACCGUGUACGCCAUCACCUUGUGGUCCCAAUAGUCAAUGUCGCGAAGUGAACUCCCAAGCAGUAUGCACUUGUCAAACCGACUUUGUUGGCACUCCACCCAAUUGUCGUCCAGAAUGUACGAUUAAUAGCGAAUGUCCAAUUGACAAGGCAUGUGUUAAUCGCAAAUGCGUUGAUCCGUGCAUAGGACAAUGUGCACUAAAUGCAAACUGCAAAGUAUUCGCUCAUAAUCCAAUAUGCUCAUGCAAGGAUCGCUUCACGGGAGAUCCAUUCACUAAUUGUGUGCCAAUACCAUUAUCGAUUUCUCCACCGCCAUCCAAUGUUAACCCGUGUGUGCCUUCGCCUUGCGGACCAAAUUCACAAUGUCAAGAAUACGGUGGCAACGUCAGAUGCACUUGCCUUCCUACCUACAUAGGAUCACCGCCUAGUUGCAGGCCAGAAUGUAGCGUAAACUCAGAAUGUAGCGCUCUGACUGCUUGCAUUAAUAAUAAGUGCGUCGACCCGUGCCCAGGAGCGUGCGGAAAUAAUGCACAAUGUAACGUCAACAACCACAUACCAACUUGUGCAUGUCUGCCGGGAUAUUUUGGAGAUCCAUUUAGUAAUUGUAUCAUCAUUCAGAACGAACCGGAGCCUAUAAAUCCGUGUUCGCCAUCUCCAUGCGGUGCAAAUGCGAUUUGCCAAAACGGAGUUUGUUCAUGCUUACCGGAAUAUUUUGGCGACCCCUACUUUGGAUGCAAACCUGAGUGUGUACUCAACUCCGAUUGUCCAAGAGAUAAAGCUUGUAUGAAGAAUAAAUGUGGUAAUCCAUGUAUCGGGACAUGUGGAACGGAUGCUAUCUGUGAAGUUUUCAAUCACAUACCAAUGUGCUCUUGUGCUGUUGGUUUCACAGGAUCUCCUUUCCACUAUUGUACGAAAGUAGAAGAACCACCAGUCCAAAUUAACUUGUGCGAACCCUCUCCAUGCGGUCCCAACAGCCAGUGCAGGGAAGUGAAUGGACACGCCGUUUGUGUUUGUGUGAAAGGUUACAUUGGCAGUCCACCGAAUUGUCGUCCGGAGUGUGUCGUCAGUUCCGAUUGCAAGUUAAACCAGGCAUGCUCAAAUCAAAAAUGUAUAGACCCAUGUCCGGGUGCUUGCGGACGUAACACUCAAUGUAUAGUGGUCAAUCACAAUCCAAUAUGCACAUGCCUGUCUGGUUAUUCAGGAGACCCAUUCUCAACAUGCCAAUUCAUUCCUGCAACACCACCAGUUAAAGUAAAUCCAUGUCUACCUUCACCCUGCGGACCUAACUCAGAAUGCACUGAAAAUGGUGAUAAUGCACAAUGCAAAUGCUUACCAGAUUAUAUAGGAGCACCUCCAAGCUGUCGACCUGAAUGCACGAGCAACACUGAAUGCGCAUCUAAUAUGGCAUGUCUGAACCGCAAAUGUAAAGACCCGUGUCCAGGUUCUUGUGGCAUAAACGCUGAGUGCCGGGUAGUGAGUCACACUCCUAUUUGUUUAUGUCAAAAUGGUUUCAAUGGUGAUCCAUUUAUUAGCUGCAGUAUCGUAGUAGCAAAUUCAGUGCAAGAAAGACCUACGCCAUGUGUACCCUCACCUUGUGGUGCAAAUGCUGAGUGUAAAGAAUUUAACAAUGCUGGAUCAUGCACAUGUUUACCGGGAUAUUUCGGAAAUCCAUAUGAAUACUGCAAGCCCGAAUGUUUAUUAAAUUCAGACUGUCCUUCUAAUUUGGCAUGCUAUCAAAAUAAGUGUCACGAUCCAUGUCCUGGUACAUGCGGCAUUAAUGCACAAUGUAAUGUUAUCAAUCACAUCCCAAGUUGUACAUGUCCUGAUCAGCACUUUGGCGACCCUUACAAGAUUUGUACUUUUAAACCACAAGAUGAAAUAUCAGACCCAUGUAAUCCAUCACCAUGUGGACCGAACAGCCAAUGCAAAUCUCAAAACGGUUACGCUAUUUGCACUUGCUUAAAUGGCUACCAAGGAUCACCACCAAUGUGUCGCCCUGAAUGUGUAACAAGUCCCGAGUGUCCUCUUGACAAAGUUUGUGAAAAUCUGAAGUGUACAGAUCCUUGCCCUAAAUCUUGUGGUGUUAAUACAGAGUGCAGAGUUAUCAAACACAACCCGAUAUGUACCUGCAAACAGGGCUAUACUGGCGAUCCGUUCUCAGUAUGUUUCGUUCUUCAGACACCUCAAGCACCAGUAGAACCGAUAAAUCCAUGUGUUCCUUCACCAUGUGGAUUGAACGCGCAAUGCAGAGAUAUUGGAGGAAUACCAUCUUGCACUUGUAAUCCAGGAUUCUUCGGCAGCCCACCAAAUUGUAAGGCCGAAUGUGUCAUUAAUACCGAUUGCAGUAAUGACAAGGCGUGUAUCAACAUGAAAUGUAUAGACCCAUGUCCUGGCUCUUGUGGAUUUAAUGCAAUUUGUAAUGUCAUUAAUCAUGUUCCUGUUUGUUCGUGCCCAUCUGGGUAUUAUGGCGAUCCAUUUUCAUCUUGCCAAAUCAAACCUCCAGAACCCGAACGUGCCCCUGAUCCAUGUAAUCCAUCUCCUUGUGGUGCUAAUGCUGAAUGUAACAAUGGUGUAUGCACAUGUCUACCUGAAUAUCACGGUGACCCCUACUUUAAUUGCCGACCAGAGUGUGUGCUCAGCACAGAUUGUCCACUAGACAAAGCAUGUUUGCGAUCAAAAUGCGUCGAUCCAUGUCGAGAUAUGUGCGGUAUAAACGCUGAAUGUAACGUGUACAAUCAUGUAGCCAUCUGCAGUUGUCCAGCCGGUAUGACUGGCAAUGCAUUUACUCAGUGCACAGUUGUUGAAAAACCUGUAAUAAGACCGUGCGAACCAUCUCCGUGUGGACCAGAUAGUACGUGCAGGGAGUUGAACAAUCAAGCUAUCUGCGCUUGCUUGCCAGGUUACAUAGGCAACCCUCCGAACUGCCGACCUGAAUGUAUACAGAGCACUGACUGUUCACCAUCUUUAGCCUGUAUUAAUCGCAAGUGUCAAGAUCCUUGUCCUGGAUCUUGCGGUCACAACGCUAUAUGUACUGUGAUAAAUCAUAAUCCGAUAUGCAGUUGUCCUCCAAGAUACACCGGUUCACCAUUCUCAUAUUGUUCAGUGUUGAAGGAGGAACCACCUAACAAUCCAUGUAUCCCAUCACCUUGUGGACCAAACUCUUUGUGCACGGUUUCCGCUAGUAACUCUCCGACAUGUACUUGCCAGCCAACAUUUGAAGGUUCUCCACCGCAAUGUCGUAGAGAAUGUACAAGUAGCGAUGAAUGUCCUUUAAAUAAAGCCUGUAUAAACUAUAAAUGUAAAGACCCAUGCCCAGGAUCUUGCGGUAUCAAUACAUUAUGCGCUGUUCACUUGCACAGCCCCAUGUGUUCAUGCCAAAAUGGAUAUACUGGCGAUCCAUUUACAUCUUGUUAUCAAUUGGCACCGGCUGUCUCACCUAUCGAUCCAUGUAACCCAUCACCCUGCGGUGCUAAUGCUCGUUGUAGAGUAUCAACAAACGGCGCUGGGGCUUGCAUAUGCGAAGUUGGUUACUUUGGCAAUCCAUAUGAAUCCUGCCGCCCAGAAUGCACAGUAGAUACUGAUUGUCCUUACAACAAGGCAUGCCUACGAAAUAAAUGUGAAGAUCCAUGUCCAGGAGUAUGUGGUUCAACAGCAGUAUGCCAAGUUAUUAACCAUGUGCCAACAUGUAGUUGUGCCGUCGGGUAUACAGGAAACCCAUACAGCUAUUGUCAUAUAAUCAUAAACGAACCAACUCCGCCACCUCAGGAUCCAUGCGUACCGAAUCCGUGCGGUAGCAAUUCAAUCUGUAAGAUUAAUAAUGGACAAGCUACGUGCUCCUGCAUGCCCGACUUUUUCGGUGCACCUCCAAAUUGUCGACCAGAAUGCACAAUUAACUCAGAGUGUGACUCUACACAAAGCUGUGUAAACCAAAAAUGUAGGAACCCAUGUAUCGGCGUUUGCGGAGAAAAUGCUGAAUGUAGAGUUGUGAAUCAUGCACCAAUUUGUAGUUGUCGACAAGGUUUUGAAGGAGAUCCAUUUAUCCGCUGUGGAGUGAUACAAAGAUUACCAGAGCCAGAUGUGAAUCCUUGUUUGCCAUCUCCAUGUGGACCGAAUUCCUUCUGCCAAGUUAUUAACAAAAUACCAUCAUGUUCAUGUAUGGACAACUACGUCGGAUCACCACCGAACUGCAGACCUGAAUGUUCCAUUAACUCUGACUGUCCCAGUAACAAAGCGUGUAUAAACAGCAAGUGUCUCGAUCCUUGUCAAGGAUCUUGCGGCUUACAGACAGAGUGUCACGUAUAUCAACAUGCUGCUAUAUGCAGCUGCUUGGAAGGGUACACUGGUAAUCCAUUCCAAAGUUGCCACGUAAAAGAAAAAAUAGAACCAAUUCCGACUAUUUAUGACAAGUGCAAUCCCAGCCCAUGCGGAGCAAACGCAGAUUGCAAUGACGGUGUAUGCACUUGUAAACCAAAUUACUUUGGAAAUCCAUACCUAAGCUGUCGUCCAGAGUGCACAACUAACUCUGACUGUGCAUUGAAUUUAGCCUGCAGUAACAAUAAAUGCAUUAAUCCAUGCGCUAAUCUGUGCGGUCAAGGAGCCCUGUGUGAAGUCUAUAAUCACAUACCAAUGUGCAGCUGCCCUUCAAAUACAACAGGAAAUGCUUUCUUUAGUUGUGUGGCAAUAACUGCACCACCAAAGAGGAAUCCAUGUGAGCCUUCACCGUGCGGACCGAAUAGCGUGUGCCGUACUAUAAACGAACAGGCAAUGUGCUCAUGUCUGAUUGGCUACUUCGGUGCCCCACCAUCGUGCAGACCAGAAUGUUUGGUGGAUUCAGAUUGUACAAGCGUUAUGUCAUGUUCCAAUCAAAAAUGUGUCGACCCAUGUAGAGGCUCUUGUGGAUUGUAUGCUGAAUGUAGAAUUCACAACCAUAAACCUAUUUGUUACUGUCCAAACGGUUUCAGUGGCGAUCCAUUUACCCAAUGUUCCAUCAUUCCUUUAAGUUUGCCGCCUGCCACAAGAGCUCCAUGUGAUCCUUCACCUUGUGGACCUAACGCGUUAUGCCGAGCCGUCAAUGACUCUCCAUCUUGCACUUGCUUAUCUGGUUUCAUUGGGAAUCCUCCUUAUUGCCGACCAGAGUGCGUAACAAACAGCGAAUGUAGUUUUGACAAAGCUUGUGUCAACAAAAUCUGCGUCGAUCCUUGUCUAGGAGCGUGUGGGCGAAAUGCAGAAUGUCGCGUGAUCAGUCAUUCACCGCAAUGCAUUUGUCAACCUGGCUAUAGAGGAGAUUCGUUUGACCAGUGUACACCAGUGUCUGUUCCUUCGACAAGACCACCGGUCCCAAUAAGACCUUGUUCACCGAACCCCUGUGGAUUGAAUGCGAUUUGCCAAGAGCGUAACAAUGCAGGAAGUUGUUCAUGCUUAGUGGGAUACUUUGGCAAUCCUUAUGAGGGAUGUAGACCAGAAUGUGUCAUUAAUUCGGAUUGUACAGACAACUUGGCCUGUGUGAACAACAAAUGUCAAGAUCCGUGCCCAGGUCUAUGCGGUACAAAUGCUCGCUGCCAAGUAGCAAACCACGUUCCUAAUUGCAUCUGUUUAACUGGUUACAUUGGAAACCCGUACGACAACUGCAUUCUGAGAGAAGAAAAACCAAUAAACCCGUGUAAUCCAUCACCGUGCGGACCCUAUAGCACUUGCAAAGAAAUAAAUAAUCAAGCUAUAUGCACAUGCCAACCAGAAUACAUUGGUGCACCUCCAAAUUGUCGCCCUGAAUGUUUAACAAGCCCAGAAUGUCCACUUGAAAAAGCAUGUGUCAGGCAAAAAUGUGUCGACCCCUGUGUUGGUACUUGUGGGCAGAAUGCUCAAUGUCGCGUGCAUCGUCAUAGUCCCUAUUGCACAUGUUUAUCUGGAUUCGAAGGUGAUCCAUUCACAAGAUGCUAUAGAAAAAUAAUUGAGCCACCUGUAAAACCUACUCCAUGUGAACCCAGUCCAUGUGGUCCAUUUGCAACUUGUAGAGAUGUUGGUGGUUCCGCUAUAUGCAGCUGCAACCCAGGCUAUGUCGGAGCCCCUCCGCGUUGCGCACCAGAAUGCACUAUUAAUGAAGAUUGUCCAAAUAACAAAGCAUGUGUUCGGGAAAAAUGUGUAGAUCCCUGUAUUGGAUCCUGCGGGCCCAACGCAGAGUGUCGAGCUAUGAACCAUGUUGCUAUAUGCACUUGUUUAAGAGGUUAUCGUGGCAAUUCAUUUGAAGGUUGCUACAUAUUAAGAGAUCCCGAACCUAACCUACCACCGUUGGAUCCAUGCAUUCGUAAUCCCUGUGGAAUAAAUGCAAUUUGCGACAAUGGAACAUGUUCUUGCGUGCCAGGAUAUCAAGGCAAUCCUAAUAUAGAAUGUCGACCAGAAUGCACAUCUGAUAAUGAAUGCUCAAAACAAAUGGCGUGUGUAAACUAUAAAUGCGUGAACCCCUGUGUAAACGCAUGUGGUGUGGAUGCUGUAUGUAAUGUGUACAACCAUUUAGCAAUUUGUGAAUGUCCAGCGCCACUGCAAGGAGAUCCGUUCUUAGCUUGCCGUCGACCUAUAGAACCCGUGGUGUCGGACCCAUGCACGCCGAACCCUUGUGGCCCGAACAGCAUCUGCCGCGCUGCGGGCACCGUGGCCCACUGCUCGUGCAGACCCGCCACGGUGGAGCAGCGCGGCGCUGGCUGCCGCUCCGAGUGCCAACGCGAUGCCGACUGUGCGCAGGACCGCGCCUGUCGCAACAACAGAUGUCGCGACCCAUGUCCUGGCGCCUGUGGGGCCCACGCUAUAUGUCACGCGCGGUUCCACUCGCCAAUCUGUUCAUGCCCGCCUAACUACAUCGGAGACCCAUUCAUAAGAUGUUUGCCAGCCGUCUUCGAAACGGAACCGAAGAGAUCAGAAUGUCCAGACUGCGGUCCGAACGCAGAUUGUAUCGGCGGUCAAUGCCGCUGCCGGACCAGCUUCCUCGGAUCACCGCCGUUCUGUCGCUACGAGUGUCUCAACUCCAACGACUGCGACGGCCGGUCCGCUUGCGUGAACAGGCGUUGCGUCGACCCGUGCCCUGGCGCUUGCGGCGCGGGCGCAAUAUGCACACCAGUCGCGCACGAGCCCCGUUGCACUUGUCCCCCUUCCACUACUGGAAACCCCCUUAUGGAAUGUCGUCCCAUCGGAAAUAUUCCCAAACCACCAAAUGACCCGUGCUCUCCAUCACCAUGUGGGCCUGGCGCGAUUUGUCGCGUGAGAGGAACCGGCGCUUCUUGUGAAUGUGAAACUGGCCUCCACGGGGACCCGUACACGGGAUGCCGUCCCGAGUGCCUGUCAGAUUCGGACUGCUCGCCAUCGCGCGCGUGCAUCCGCUCGCGGUGCCGCGAGCCUUGCCAAGGCACGUGCGGCGUGGGUGCCGACUGCGAGACCGUCAAUCACAUACCACUAUGUUCAUGCCCACCUGGAACAAGAGGAAAUGCAUUCGAAAUAUGUGAAAUCAUUAAAUCAGCACCACCGUGUACGCCAUCGCCGUGCGGCCCGGGCGCUCUCUGUACGGUGUCAGGCAACAACGCCGUGUGCUCGUGCCCCUCGGGCACCAGCGGCGACGCGGCGUCCGGAGGCUGCCGACCCGAGUGCGUGGUCAGCUCAGAGUGCGCACGCGACCGCGCCUGUGUCCGCAACAAGUGCGUGAACCCGUGCGAGGGAGCAUGCGGCCUGGCUGCCCUGUGCAGAGUCAUCGAUCAUGCACCGAUAUGCUCAUGUCCUUCACUGACAACCGGUGAUCCAUUUUUGGAAUGCAGACCUACUGAACCGAUCGAAAACGACCCGUGCGACCCUAACCCGUGCGGUCCACACGGCACAUGCCGAAACGGCUUCUGCACUUACCCAGAAUGCAUCGUCAAUGACGAUUGUCCUGGAGACCGAGCAUGCAUAAACAGGAAGUGUACGGACCCUUGCAUCAACGCUUGCGGUUUGAACGCAUUAUGUACGGUGGUUAGACACGCGGCGGUAUGUUCUUGCCCUGCUGGAUACACUGGCUCAGCCUUCGUUCGUUGCGAACGUAUCAUCAUUGAAACGCCACCACCGCCGAAACCUGAAUGCGUUGCUGACGAACAAUGCCCAGACAAUGCUGCGUGUGUGGACUCACGAUGCUCGCCGGUAUGCGGACCCACUAACUGUGGUAUAAACGCUCGCUGCUUGGCAAGACAACACAGAGCACGGUGCGCCUGUCUACCAGGAUAUGAAGGCGACGCUUACAGAGGAUGUUAUUCAGUUCAGUGUCAUAGCAACAACGACUGCCCUGAUGACGAAAGUUGUGAAAGCGGCUCGUGCAUCAAAGUUUGCACACGUAUACAAUGUGGAACAAACGCUCACUGCGUCGCUCGAGGACAUACUGCAUCUUGUGAAUGCGACUCUGGCGCUCGGGGCAACCCGUGGACCGGAUGCCAAAGAAGCGAGUGUGUGGUGGACGAUGACUGUGCCUCUUGGCUGGCCUGUAGAAGUGGCGUUUGUCAAGACCCAUGCCCUGGCGCAUGUGCCCAGGGCGCGCUUUGCACCGUCAACCGCCACGCACCUGUUUGCGAAUGCCCACGAAAUACUCAAGGAGACCCCAAGAUAUCUUGUCAACCAGUACUCGAGCGCGCAGAAUGUGAAAAAGAUGCGGACUGCGGCCCCGGCUUGGCGUGUCUGCAAGGAAACUGUAAAAACCCGUGCGAAACCACUUCGUGUGGAACACGCGCGGUGUGCAGAGUGGCGAACACCUUGCCAUUCCGCACUCUCGUGUGUGAGUGCCCUAGGCCUCUCACUGGCGACGCUUCAGUACAAUGUAACCCAAGAGGAGAGUGCAGCGUAGACAGCGAAUGUGGACUGGAGGAGCGCUGCUUGAAUGGCCGCUGUAUAGGCGUCUGCGAGGCGGGCGUGUGUGGAACCGGCGCAGAGUGCCGAGCCACCAACCACGUCGCCGAGUGCCGUUGCAUACCACCAUUGCAAGGAGACCCCAGAGUUGCUUGUUCUCCAGCGAGUCCAUCACCUGAAUGCACUACGGAUUCUGAGUGCGGUGCUGCUGAAGCUUGCGUGAACCGUCGCUGCGUGUCAGCCUGCGCCGGGGCAUGCGGCUCAGGCGCGCUCUGCACGCCGCUCGACCAUCGCGCUGCUUGCCGAUGCCCACCUGGAACGGCUGGUGAUCCCUCUCGACUUUGUUACACACCUGAGUGCACAACAGACGACAACUGUCCAUUUGACAAAACCUGCGUCAGAGGAUACUGCCAGGACCCAUGCGCCCUCGGUACACCAUGCGGCCGCGAUGCUGUUUGUGAAGCAGUCGCUCACGUCGCCUCUUGCCGCUGCCCACCUGGUACGCAGGGUGACCCACGCCGCGCCUGUAUAUCUGCCAUCUGCCACUACAACGAAGACUGCGAUGACACACAAACCUGUAACAGACUUAACCGCGUUUGCCAACCGGCUUGCACUGAUGACGCCUGCGCGCCCGGUGCUACAUGCACUGCAAGAGACCACAGGCCCGUCUGCACUUGCCGAUCCGGUCUAUCCGGCGACCCAUACCUUCAGGGUUGCGGAAAACAAGUUACAACCGAAUGCGUCACUGACUCUGAUUGCGCUUCUCCACUCGCAUGUGUUAACGCUCGCUGCACAGACCUUUGCCUAACAAAUCCAUGUGAUGUAGGCCUGAUUUGCAAGACUGUCGAUAUUCUACCUCUACGAGCAGUCGCAUGCGUUUGUCCGGACGGUGGUCGAGUAGCGCCUGACAGUGGAUGCCGUUCACCACCUGAAGCAGAAUGCUCCGCUGAUUUGGACUGUGCUCUUAGCCAGGUCUGUCGACGAGGAAGUUGCGUAGACGCGUGUAGAGUCAACCCUUGUGGACAAAACGCUCUUUGCGAAUCAGUCGACCACGCAGCGCACUGCACAUGUCCUCAAGGAUACUACGGCAACCCGAAAAUAGAAUGUAACGUGGAACCAAGACAACAAGUUCCAGAAUGCUACAGUGACGACGAAUGUAGCACAGAGCGCGGCUGUCGAGAUCGCCAGUGUGUCAACCCUUGCGCAAAUGCAUGUGGACCUGGAGCGUUAUGCAGAGUUAUCGAUCACAAACCACAGUGCUCUUGCCCCAGUGGUUACUCUGGGGUUGCAACUAGACAAUGUGUACCACCUGUAGAAGACAAAACUGUAGGUUGUAAAGCGAACUCCGAGUGUCCAUUGUCCCAGGCAUGUGUAAAUGGCGCAUGUGCGAACCCUUGCGCUUGCGGCACCAAUGCAGAGUGCUCAGUAAUACGACAUCAUCCGGUUUGUUAUUGCGCAAGUGGAUUCUCAGGCAACCCAUACAUCGGGUGUAGAAAGGUUGGCUGCUCGUCAGACUCCGAAUGCUCGGACAGCGAUACCUGUUACAAUGGUGCAUGUGUUAACCCAUGUGUAAUAGAUGCACCAUGUGCUAUUAGCGCAGAAUGCUAUGGAAAAUCACACCGAGCCAACUGUCGCUGCCCUGCUGGUACCAUAGGAGACCCAUACACCAGAUGUAAAACUUCCGAGUGCGAAAUUAACAGUGACUGUAACGACGACAGCGUCUGUAUUAACGGUGUUUGUCUUCAUGCCUGCUCAGCAGAAGGUCAAAGUCCAUGCGCAAACAACGCAGAAUGCUUCGCGAGAAAUCACGCAGCAUCAUGUAGAUGUCCAGCUGCGCUACCAUCUGGCGAUCCUUUAACUCAUUGUAUGAAGAUUCCGGUAAUUGGCGAACCAGAAUGUCGUGUAGACAGUGACUGUCCUAGUAAACACGCCUGUUUGAGAGACCAAUGUCGCGAGGCAUGCUCUGAACUGAAGCCCUGCAAUGGAAAUGCGCGUUGCUCAGUUUCGGAUAGUAUACCGUUCCGUACUUUGUUAUGUCGCUGUCCCGAAGGUUAUCUACCAGACGAAGCUGGGUCAUGCAAAUCUGCGCAACUGCCUGCUCCUAGUUGCUCUUCUGAUCAAGACUGUAGCGAUCAAGAAUCUUGUGUCAAUAGAAUUUGCCGAAACCCAUGUAAUUGUGGAGAAAAUGCAGAAUGUUUCAUUCGUGACCACCGCCCAGUGUGUUCUUGUAGAGAUGGAUUCGAUGGAGAUCCGUAUCGAGUUUGUCGAAUAGUAGGAUGCCGUACUGAUUCAGAAUGCGAAUCUAAUGAAGCUUGUGUCAAUGGGAACUGCAUCAGCCCAUGCUUAUUGAACAGCACGUGUGGAGCAAAUGCAGAUUGUCUUGUUGAAAGGAAUCGACCGUUGUGUCGCUGUCGAAAUGGAUUUGAGGGCGAUGCACGAGUGGGAUGUAACCCUAUUGAAUGUAGAACAAAUAGUGACUGUCCAUUAGAUAAACAGUGUCACGCUCAUAGGUGUAUUAAUCCUUGUCUGUCUGGUAACACAUGCGGUAGAAAUGCCAAGUGUCUUGUUCCAAACCACAUCGCAGUUUGUAAGUGUGACAUUGGAUACAUCGGAAGUCCCUAUGUAGAGUGUCGCCCAGAAACUAUCGCUGAAUGUUAUGUCGACGCAGACUGUCCACCAAAAUCUGCAUGCCUUUCUUCAAGAUGUGUUAACCCUUGUACGGCUCUUCAUCCAUGCUCUACACCCGCACGUUGUGAAGUUUCACCGACUUUACCCGUCAGGACUAUGAUCUGUACCUGCCCACCAGGAUAUGUCAGCAACGGCGGAGGCAUCUGUCGUCCAGCAACACCAAUAUCUGACGUCGUCUGUGAAAUUGAUACGGAUUGCACUUCAAAUCACGCCUGUAUAACAUCUAUCUGUAAAAACCCAUGUGAUUGUGGUCCGAACACUGACUGCCUAAUCAAAGAACAUAAGCCAGUAUGCGCUUGUAGACCAGGGUAUAUAGGUGACGCAAGAACAGGUUGCUACAAAGUUUUAUGCCGUUCGGACUCACAAUGCUCAGAUGACGAAUCCUGUAUCAACAACCGAUGUGUGCCAGCGUGCUCCGUUGAACCAGACGUUUGUGGAUCUUUAGCAGAAUGCUACGGGCUCGAACAUCGGGCUGCAUGUCGCUGUAAGAUUGGUACUACAGGUAACCCCACAAUAGGCUGCACACCUAUUGGCUGUCGUGGUGAUAGUGACUGUCCUUUGGAUAGAUCGUGCAUAAACACGAAAUGCGUAAACCCAUGCAAUACCACUAAUUGCCGCGAACCGGCUGAAUGCCGCGUUCAUCUUCAUGAGGCACAUUGCGUAUGUCCACCUGGUUACCGAAGUACUGAGACCAACUGCGAGAAGAUCGCCUUACCACAAUGCGUAUCCGAUGUCGAAUGCCCGUCCGGUACCGUCUGCUUAAAUGCCGAAUGCGUUAACCCUUGCCAGACCACCAAACCAUGCGGUACCAACGCAGAAUGCACUGUCGUCGAUACGCUGCCGGUCCGAACCAUGAUUUGCGAAUGCAUACCUGGAUAUAGGGGUAACGCCCUAGUCGAAUGCACACCUAAUAUCACACCAUCGGCUGCCUGCGUGGAAGGUCAAGGCCUUAAUGCUCUUGGUGAAUGUGCUCCAUGCCGCGCGGACGAAGGACGAACAGUCGAUUCUCGUGGCCGAUGUGUUUGCGACACGGAGAACGGAUGGGCGGCGCGCGGCGGUGUCUGCGUGCGCGUUGUGUGUUCCGCAGACCGAGAAUGCGACGACCGCGAGCGCUGUAUCAACGGCGUCUGCAUCGACGCCUGCGAAGCGGAACCAUGCGGGCAGAAUGCCAUCUGCAACGCCUACGAUCACCGAUCACACUGCACCUGUACGAAAGGCUACACCGGCAACCCACGUGUUCUGUGCAAUGAAACCACAAUGCCGAACGUGACUUAUCGAACAGAUUUCCCUCUGCCAGAAAUGCAGGUUAACUGUUUGGCAAACGGCAUACGAGUAAGUCUCAAAAUAAAGGAAGGAUUUAAUGGACUGUUAUACGUAAAAGGCUAUAGCAAAGACGAACGCUGCGGACUGGUGGUAAACACACCUGUGAACCAAGAGAGCCCGGUGGACUUCACUGUUCACUUUGGCAACUGUGGCCUUGUGCACGUCAAUGGUUUAGCAAGCUUCGUCUUAGUGAUGCAAGAUCAUCUCAAACUAGUAACAUCGAAUGCUAAAGCCUUCCACAUAAAAUGUAUCUAUCAAACCGGCGAGAAGAACGUGACUCUGGCGUUUAAUGUGUCGAUGCUAACAACAGCAGGCACUAUUGCUAACACUGGACCACCACCUGUCUGCUCCAUGAGGAUCGUCACUCGAACCGGAGACGAAGUCAACUCUGCUACUGUCGGAGAGAACCUAACGUUACAAGUCGACGUUCAGCCAAGCAGUAUAUACGGUGGAUUUGCUAGAAGCUGCAUCGCGAAGACCAGUGAAGUGGCUACGAAUGUCGAGAAUGAAUACACUGUGACCGAUGCGGACGGGUGCGCCACCGACCCGUCCAUAUUCGGCGAGUGGGAGCACAAUGAUGAUGGAACUCUGAAAGUUCUGUUCAACGCUUUCAAGUUCCCAAGUAGCGAUAAUAUCAGAUUCCAGUGCAACAUUAGGAUAUGCUUUGGAAAAUGCCAACCGGUGAACUGUCGCGGCCGAGACGCGUACGGUAAACGAAGAAAACGAGAAACACGAUACUACAACGAAGGCCCUCUGUCGGGCGUCGAGGGCCAAAUGCGAGAGGAGGUGACGGUGGAGUCGAACCAGAUCUUGACAAUCGAGCGGCGCUCGGCGUCGCGCGCGGCCCGCCAGCGCGAGGGCGGCGCAGGCGCCGGAGGAAACAACGGCGGCGAGGUAUGCGUGUCCGCCGCCGGGCUGGCCGUGGCGCUCGCGCUCACGGCGCUGCUGGCCCUGGUGGCCGUGGCGGCAGCGGUGGCGUGCUGGCUGGUGGCGUGGCGCCGCGCGCGCCCGCCGCCCGCGCCCCUGCCGCACCCCCCGGACUUCCCCAACCCGCUGUUCCAGCGCUGAAGCCCGCUAGUCCCGCGCCCCACUCCUCCGCCGGCGCCGGGCGGUGUCGGCUCUUUCUUCUCACUAGUGUUGCCAGAUGAUGCAAUUUACGCGGGACGACCCGUUGAUUAGGGGUUUCAAAAACGCCUAAUGUCCCGAUUAUAAGACUAUGCGCCUUUAGCUGUUUAUUUGUACAAUUUAUUUUUAACCACUGACCCCGAUUUACUGCGAAUUGGGUCUGGCAACGCUAUUACUCACUCACUCAUCUGUGCGCGCCGCCGGAGGACCCCGGGCGAGGGCGCCGCGAGCGCCGCGCUAUCCGCGCCCCUCGCUCGCGCUCGCCGCGCCCUCUUUUAGUUUUACGUCUAUAUUAAUUUAUAUUUAAAUUUAAAUAUCUUAUUAACGUGGAAUCGUCGCCUCCUUCGAAUUUUGUGAUAUUCAUAAUAUAAAUAUUCGAAAUCAUCGUAAUGUUAUGUAAAAUAAUACUGAUUUAUAUUGUAGGUUUUAAGUGAAAUAAUAAUGACGAUAUUAAUAAUAA